AUGGUUACAACUACUCAAGUUCAGGUAAGUUAAUUUAUGCUUAAAUGUGUGAUUUACAACAAUGAUCCAUUGUUAUACAUGAAUAAAUUUUCUUUCUGGAAAGAGCAUUGAGGUUAACUGGGGGGAAGGGAAGAGUUCAGACUGUUUAGUUUGCAGGACUAGAGAUUAACCAAACACUACAAGUGGUACUCAAUUAGGUUUUACACAGAGUAGACCCAUUGCAGUUAAUGAACAUGCCUAAAUUGGGGCUACAUUUAUUUCAAUGAGUCUACUCUGAGUAAUAAUAAUAAUAAUUUAUGAUUUGUACUCCACCCAUCUGACUAGGUUGCCCCAGCCACUCUGGGCAGCUACUUAAGAGUAAAACUUUGUUGAAUAUCAGCCUACAAACCCAUUAUCUCUAUUUCCCAUAAACUUCUCAGGGUUGCUGUUCUAUAGACCAGAGAGCUAAUGGCAGAAGAGUUAGGGAAAGCAAUAGUUCCACUUCAAAUAAAGAUAUUAUACCGCACUGUAGUAACUUUACCGUAUUUCAUUUUUAACACAGCUAUGAAGGCUACUGGUUAAUAUGUCGUGAAUACCCUGCUAUAUCUGGAUCAUUGGUCUUAAUGACAGCAGUAUGGAGACUGCAAUGCAAAAUGAAUGGCCACUGAAAGGAUAUUUUAACUGAAAUCAGAACACAGUUAUUAACCCCUAUGUUGCAAAGUUAGGAAGCUAAUUGUAUUCUAGAAGAAGAAGAAAGCAUUACUGCUUUGGGUUGGUUCCCUAGUUACCUUAAUCUGUUUGGGUUAGGUUUUUAAAAGCAGGUGUUUUCUUACAUAUUUGACCUGUGAUUAAAAGAGCAUAGGGAAAGCGCCAUGCAGAUUAGGAUGUAAUAAUAGAGGAUCAUACUGUCUAAAAUUUAAUGACUUCUUCCAGUUUGCCAGAAUGAAUGAAUAGAUCUUGAAUUUUACAUUCAUUUAUUUGUUAAAAGUAAAUCCAUUCAGUGUUGCUUUUGAGCAGUUAUGCCAUACUCUGAAAAUAAUGUGUGUGCAUACUAAAUAAAUAACUCACAGGUGAGUUACCCAAGGAAGCAAAUGUUUGAGAGCACUCUGUGCCAAAUAAAGCUUCAGGCUGUAGUCUCCUUGCGGUAUGGACCUCCAAUAUGGGGUGGUGACCAAAGCAUAUUUUGUGGUGCAGAGCUCUUCAAACACUUGUCUGUUAUUCAGAUUGUGUUUGCACCCUUGCAUUGAAUUGGAACUGGAAAUAAGAAACUGCUGCUCUCUGGAGGAAAAAAAUCAGUGAAGCAUAACAGAAAGUAACCACAGCUCUUUCAUAUUAUUAUUAUUACUUUUUAAAAAAGUGAUUUGGGCUCUCCAUGCCUCAGCCCAUCUUUAAGGUCAGCUGGAUUUGAAUGACUCUUAACCACUUUCUUGUCUCAAAGCUGGGUUAAAGAAUAGCAAUAGCAAUAAUCUUCCUUUUCUCCCCAACAUUUAAAGUGAUGGGGAAUGCACAGCUUCUAAAUUGUGGUAACAUAGAGGUAGUGUGGUCUAAACCAUAGCUGUGGUCUAAACCACUGAGCCUAGGGCUUGCUGAUCAGAAGGUUGGCGGUUCAAAUCCCCACGAUGAGAUGAGCUCCCAUUGCUUGGUCCCUGCUCCUGCCAACCUAGCAGUUCGAAAGUAGAUAAAUAGGUACCGCUCCAGCGGGAAGGUAAACGACGUUUCUGUGCGCUGCUCUGGUUCGCCAGAAGUGGCUUAGUCAUGCUGGCCACAUGACCCGGAAGCUGUAUGCCGGCUCCCUCAACCAGUAAAGCGGGAUGAGCGCCGCAACCCCAGAGUCUCCAUGACUGGACCUUGCGGUCAGGGGUCCCUUUACCUUUACCUAGAGGUAGUAGGAACAGUCGUCACCUUUUUUUCAUGGCAGGCCGCUGUGUCUGCAGCUCUUUCCCAGCAUUGGCAUGCCAUGUUCAGUCAGAAGAAAAUUCUGAUUUUAGAUGUAUGAAUAUAUAUUUGCAUUUCCUUUCCUUCUCAUCUCAUGGUUUUACAUCUCACACCUUCCCCAUAUAUAUAUCUGCAGACUUAAGAUAACAGUUCACGUUACUGGAUAAAAUGAGGUAUAGUCCACUAAAGUUUAUACCCUAAUAAAUGGGUUGUCCUUCAGGGUGCUACAGGACUCUUUGUAAGUUCUGAUUACGACUUAGGCUUGGCAUACAGUCACCAGCACUCCCUCAGGGGGCUCACAGGGCCCCUUGCCAGAAGAAAAUAGAUAGAAAUACUACCAGAAAUCCUACUGAUCCUGGAAUCUGAAGCCACAGAAAAAGAUUUAUGUGGGCCAUAAAUUAUGGCUGUAGGUUUUGUUUUUAAGCGAUUACUCUGUUGUUUUAUCUUUUUGGAAACUGCAGUGAGGUUUUCUUCUACAAUCAAGCGCUAUAUAAAUUUUAUUAAAUAAAUACAUGUGCCCCUGCCCCUUGUAAAUAGGGUUGCAAAGACUGUGCCUUUCUGCAACCCAGAAAUAUUUUCUAAGAACAUAAGAACCUAAGAGUAGCCUGCUGGAUCAGGCCAAUGGCCUGCUUAGUCCAGCAUCAUGUUCUCGCAGUGGUCAACCGCAUGCCUGGGGCCAAAAGCAGGGUACAAAACAUGAGCACAAGAACACUCUCUCCCCUCCUAUGGUUCAAACAUCUGCUGUUCAGAAGCACUGCUGCCUCCAGCUGUGGAGGCAGAGCACAGUCGACAUGGCUAGUAGACCCUGUUAGCUCUCUCCUCCAUGAUUUUGUCCAAUCGUCCUCUAAAGCCAUCCAAGCUUGUUGCUAUCACCCCCUCCUGAGGGAGCAAGUUCGCAUAGUUUUGACUAUGUGCUGCACAUUAAAUGUGUCCUAAACCUUCCAACACCCAGCUUCGUCCGAUUUCCCAUGAUUUCUAUAGUGCUAUGGUUUUCCCAGUAGUAAUGUAUGGAAGUGAGAGCUGGACCAUAAAGAAGGCUGAUAGCCAAAGAAUUGAUGCUUUUGAAUUAUGGUGCUGGAGGAGACUCUUGAGAGUCCCAUGGACUGCAAGAAGAUCAAACCUCUCCAUUCUUAAGGAAAUCAGCCCUGAGUGCUCACUGGAAGGACAGAUCCUGAAGCUGAGACUCUGGCCACCUCAUGAGAAGAGAAGACUGCCUGGAAAAGACCCUGAUGUUGGGAAAGAUGGAAGGCACAAGGAGAAGGGGACGACAGAGGACGAGAUGGUUGGACAGUGUUCUUGAAGCUACCAGCAGGAGUUUGACCAAACUGCGGGAGGCAGUGGAAGACAGGAGUGCCUGGCGUGCUCUGGUCCAUGGGGUCACAAAGAGUCAGCCACGACUAAACGACUAAACAACAAAUGAGAGAGGAAGAAACAUUUUUCUUUAGCUGCUUACUCCACGCAGUGCAUAAUUUUAUAAACUUGUAACAUGCCGCCACUUCCUCGCCUUUCCCCCCCAAAUGCUGCAACCUUUCUUCAUCGGGGAGUCGUUCCAUCCACCUUGAUCGCUUUCCCAACUCUUCAAUAUCCUUUUUGACGCGAGGCGCCCAGAACUCUGUACGCAGCACUCCAAAAACGCACUAUAGAUUUGCACAGCGCGCGGGAAGGACAGUUCCAUAUUCAGUGCCUGCGUGGACAUCUCCACCGUCGCCCUCACACCUCCAGUUCAGACCUCGGGCAAGCAAGAUUCCCACGCUCGGGCUCCGCUACCCUUCGCUUCGCCUCCCCUGCGCCCCACCCCGGUGCUGGCUGCGCUCCGCCUUGCAGACGUCAACCUCGCCUCGCCAAUGAGCGAGUGCUGCUACUACAGCGGGGCUGGGAGGAGGAGGAAGUCCGGAGAGCCAAUGGGCUCGGAGGGAUCUUUCGGGAGCGGAGAGGCACGGCGGCUCCUCCCCCGGCCCGGCCCAUCCCGCGGCCCCGCGGCUUCAGCAGGAGAGCGCGGAUCAGAGUUGCGCGCUCGGGUGGGAGAUGCCGCUCGGGCUCCUUCUAGCUGCAGGUAAAGCCAGGGCGGGGCGGGGAGCAUGCGCGCGUGUCUGGGUCUGGAGGGGCCCCGAGGAGGGCGCAAGGGCUGGCGGCAGAUGGGAAGGGGUCCCUCCGUGGGAAGCGCCCCUGGGCGCUCUAUGCGGCAGGGGAAGCGCCCGGUUCCGCACCCACCUCCAGAGCGCACUCCCAAGACAAAAGGAAGCACACGAGACGCAAACAAAAGGUGGCUCUCUGGCGAGGGACGGAUCCCACCAAGGUCACUUUUUCAGGCACUUCCUCAUAACAACCACAACUCCCUCGCUCUUUUCUUUCUCUCUUGCUAGAGUUGUUAGGAUCGCCUCCCCGCCUCACCUCUCCCCCCCCCCCCGCCACGACCCCGAUCCUCUGGGGUCGUUCCAGCCCCAUCUCGGUUCCGAGGAGCGCGUUACCUGCCUUUGCUACACUGUGGGUUUGGGGAAAUGCAGUCCUUAAAACAUCUUGCGAGGAAAAGCAGCCCUAUUAAACUUAGCGGGACUGGCUUCUGAGUAGGCGCGUAUCGGAUCAGCUGCACGUUUCCUUUCCACAAGAUUGCUAUUAGACAAUGAUGUUCUUCGCAACACUGUGCUGAACCACUUUCGAUAACAGAUCCAGAGGGGGAACUGGGAUCUUCACCUCGUCUUUUGUCUGCAGUCACAGUGCUUGGCUCUUUUUUAAUCACACGAGUUUGGAUUCUUCCUUGGGGAAAGCACAAGUUCAAUGGGUUUUUAUUUUAAAGAAUGGCCUGUGUUUAUUAAGGUCUGCUGUUCAGCCUAGUUGUGGAUUAUUAUUAUUUUGAAACUCUGCCAUUUAAGUGGAAACUUCUGAUUGACAGAGUCUUUACUGUGGGUCUUCCAUCUUUCUUCCCAAAUUGUGGAAGGGGGAGGAGAGAACAUUUACAUGAUCGUUUUAGAGUUUUUGAUGACAUGCCAGAAAGUGGCACGCAUUACCCCAUGCCCUGCAAGAGCUACAGAACAAAGACAACAGAAACCAGCAGACAGGCUGAAGCAUGCAACCCUGUGUAUGCUUACUUGGGAAUAAGUCACAUAGAAUUUGGUAGGACUUGCUUCUGAGGAAACAGCAGCCAUAGGAUUGCACACCUGUGUUGGGCACAGUGUCAUAAUUUGUUCCAACAAAUUUACCACACUGAUGGUGUGUGUGUUCCACUCUGGAGACCUUCAGAACUCAGCAAGGAAAGAGGGCAAGAUGCACUAUAUACUUAUGUAUAAAUAGGUUUCUCACCCUUGUUUUCAGAAGAGAUUAUACUCAUUUAGUGCCAGUGGUGGCACUAAAAACAACUUCUGCAACCAGGUCCAUUAUAGCAAUGUUGGAAACUGCUUUCUUUCUUCCUUUAAAAGAACUACAAUUCUGUUUUAACAGCCUCCCCUUUCCCACAACACAUCUAGCUAUUUAUUUUUGGGGCCAAUAGGUUGGUUUAAAAGCCCAGGGAAUUGGAAUAUUAGCAUACUGGGAGGAAGGUUGCUGUUAGCUAUUGUAUGCCACUUCAUGUAUUUUUUAUAGGUACUUCUGUAGGGGACAUUGCUAUAGUAACAAGGGCUCAGUUCUGGACUGCAUUAAUAGCUGCGCACAACAAGUAGGUCCAGUUGGUCUUUCCAGCAAGCACUUUGUUUUUAGUGGGCAUCUUUUGCAAGUCCAGUAGUGAGCAACAUAAAAAAAAUUUCCAUGCUGGAAAACAAAAUAUGAAAAACAACACCACAUUAUGGUGCAUAAUGACUUCAAAGGUAAAAAAGAAGAGGAAAACAAACCACUUAUGUAGUAUGAUAAACAGGGAGGUGAGGAUAGAGGGUCUAAAUUCUGCACCCUAAAAUUUCAAAGUUGGGGGGGGGAUAGAUCUGGUUAAACUUGUUGGUUUUGGAGAUGCUAGGCCAGAGGGUAAUGGAGAUACAGGAAGGAAGGUGAACCUUAGAAAAUAUUCUGCAGUCAGGCUAAAGGCUCUUCUAGUCUUCCACUUGUCCCGUGUUGAGAAAGCACAAGUCCAAGUGAUUUUCUGCUUGUUAUCUGUUAUAACUGUAAGAUGUAGAAAUCCUAACGUAACAAUAGCUUCUUGCACUGUGGGCUUCCCCACUCUCAACGGCUUUGGCACACCCAUUUCUCAAUGAACUUGACAUUGCAGGAGACUGGACAUGAUAUGCACAGGUAUCUUGUGGGUAACAGUUUCUGGAUGCUGCCAUUGGAAGAUGCUGCCUGAAAACCAUGUGGAAGUGCUUUGAACAUAUUUAGUUUUGCUUUGCUCGUCGUCUUAAUUAGGGGUGGGUAGACCCAUACAGUGGUGCCUCGCAAGACGAAAUUAAUCCAUUCCGCGAGUCUCUUCGUCUUGCGGUUUUUUCGUCUUGAGAAGCACGGCUAUUAGCGGCUAUUAACGGCUUAGCGGCUUUAAGAAAAAGGAAACAAACUCGCAAGAACUCGCAAGACGUUUCGUCUUGCGAAGCAAGCCCAUAGGGAAAUUCGUCUUGCGGAACGACUCAAAAAACGGAAAACUUUUUCGUCUAGCGAGUUUUUUGUCUUGCGAGGCAUUCGUCUUGCGGGGCACCACUGUACUUCCAAAUCCACUCCAAAUCCACUCUAGAAUAAAUAGACUAAUUUCCAGCAUGCCUUUUGGAUCCAGAUAUUCCAUAACCUGAGUGGAUAUGAGCAGUCAUUUGCCAAGUGGUAACAUAACCACAGAAUGCAUUUAACGGCAUGGUCCUGCCAAGCAAUGAUAUAAAAACCACACAUCUGUAGCCAGCAGGGAAGCCUUGGGGUCAGCUUUUCCCAACCUGGUUCCUCCUGGGGAUGGGGCUUGAGAGUCCCUGUUCCCAUUAACCCUGAGCAUUGACAAUCCUGGCUGAAAGUUGUAGUUCCAAACAUCUGUAGGGCACCAGCUUAGGAAUGGCUGCUUUGAAUGCUGAAAGAAAGUUUGCUUCUUCUCCCCCUCCUCCCCAGACUACUAGUUCACCAUAAAUAACACCCACCCCUAGGUGUAGGCAGGCUACAAACGGUGCAGGUGUUUUUUUGUAAAAAGGCUGAGCUAGCUGUUUAUAAAUAUAUACAUUCUAUUUCUUUCAGAUUUGCAACCAGCAUAAUGUUGGCACUCCAAAUUUUGGACAAGUAUCGUACAGAAUGGCACAGGCAGACAGUAACCUGGACCAUGACAUACCACUACUGCCCCUUCCAGCACACUGGGCCAAAAGUGUUGUGGGACUCCUUUCCUUCAUCUGCUUUGCAAACAGCUACAAUGGGGACUUUGUCUUUGAUGACUCCGAAGCUAUAAUCAAUAAUAAGGUUGGUGUUUUACCAGUUGUGGGCCUUACAAGAUCAGGGCUUGUAAAUAGCCAUUCGCCUAACAAUCUGUCUUGAGUAAGAAUCUCCUGCAGCAAAGAGGUAGGGAAAGUUUUACUAGGGUUGCUACCCGCAGGUGGCAAGCACCAGCCUCAAAAAGCUGUCUCCCCUGCUGUGAUAUGUAUACAUGCACAGUCCAAAAAAGCCAAGAAGUAUGCUUUUUCUUGUGAUUUAUGCAGGUGUGGUCAAUUAAAACUGAUUUAGUUAAUCAGCUUUUAAAAAAAUGCUUGGCAGCCCUAACUUCUAGGGAUUACAGGAACGUUUGUUGUUGUUUUGGCCACAAAACACAUGGGGAGGUAGGUUAGUAAAACUCUUUGUGGAAUAGUAAUCUCUGUGGACCAAAUAAUAUAUAUUGUGACUGUGCACACAGCAGAGUGUUGAGGCACACAUAGGUCACACAGAUCUGAUUUUUCCUCCCCGUCCACUUUUGUAGAUUUUGCACGCGAGCAUUUUCAAUUGAACAGUAUCUCAGAGUUUCCCAUACACACAGGUGGUUGGAGCUUAAUGGGAAGCGUUAGCCCUGGGUGUUGCUUGUGCCUUUCGUUCAAUUUGCACUUCCCAGCCUUCCCCAUGUCCCAGAAAUCUGAGGUCCAUUUUGGGCAUGUGCACAGGUAUUUGUUUAUUUGUGCACAUGUUAUCCUUUUUAAAAAAAACACUUGAAUUAUCAGACUUGCACAAAACAGCAAGUUCAAAACCAAAAAAAUCCCAUCUGUGACACCUUGACCCACCAGCAACCCACUGAGAUACGUUCCCCCAAUGGCAAUAGGAUAGAUGCACCCAGAAAAACUUCACCAUGCAUGUGAAAAAACCUCACCCACACAUUGCACUUCAGUACAUCUGCAUUAUCUGCAGAGUGGGGAAAUUCAAAUUUAAUUGGAUGAGGACAACAUCGCAUGAACGAUAUAUAAAUCAUGCACAUAUGGGAUGCAUCAAAUCCACUUCAGACUCCCUUGUGUCCGCAACCCAUGUUAAAGCUUUACCCUGUGCAUGUCUACUCAGAAAUAAGGCCCAUUGAGUUAAACGAGACUUAACACCCAGGUAAGUGGGACGCGGGUGGCGCUGUGGGUUAAACCACAGAGCCUUGGGCUUGCUGAUCAGAAGGUCAGCGGUUCGAAUCCCCGCGACAGUGUGAGCUCCCGUUGUUUGGUCCCUGCUCCUGCCCACCUAGCAGUUCGAAAGCACGUCAAAGUGCAAGUAGAUAAAUAGGUACCGCUCUGGUGGGAAGGUAAACGGCGUUUCCGUGCACUGCUCUGGUUUGUCAGAAGUGGCUUAGUCAUGCUGGCCACAUGACCCGGAAGCUGUACGCCGGCUCCCUUGGCCAAUAAAGCGAGAUGAGCGCUGCAACCCCAGAGUCGGUCACGACUGGACCUAAUGGUCAGGGGUCCCUUUACCUUUUUAAGUGUGACAAUUGUGUGUUUGUGUAUUUCCUACAAAACCCAUAGUGAGGUAAAUUAAUACAACUCUUUGUGUGUUUCUAAGACUUGUGGACUUAGGAAGUUGUACACUGUUUUAAAGCUUUAAUUGAUUAGCUAUAAUUUAGUAAAGAAGAAAAAAAAGAUUAAUUGCUGUUCUCCACCUUAUAUUUGCAAGGAAAGGACAUUCUGUGAGCAGUGGUCUUCUAUAGGGCAGUCACUGCACUAAAGACCUCUUAGUCACAUUUAACUAAUCAUGUGGAUUUUAACCAGUCACUUGAUUAAUGAAUUGCUACAAUUGGAACAGAAGGCAUAUGAAUAAAACAAUACUUCUGAAGAAAAACAGCAUAUAUUAGCCCAGUUUGCACAUCACAUUAAACUGUAUUAUAAAACAAACUAGAUUUUAAUAGGAAGGAGGAGCGUGUUGCUUCACACUGUUCAGAAGUUCUCAUGGCACUGUUGCCUGAGUCCUUGCUGCUACUGAGCCACAGACAAUACAAGCCAGAGUCUGGCUUGUCAUGUAUGAAUCUGAGCUGGUGCGGUUUCUUUCCCCAAAAACAAGUGACAGGUGGUAAGCCAAGAGCAAACCUUGGUCCCUGCUUGUGGUUUGUUUGGGGGAAACAAACCGCGCACUUGGGUUUCAACAGCAUGACAAACCAGAAUCUGACUUGCUUCAUCCACAAUGCAACAGCAGCAGGAGGGCGAGGAGGAAAAGCACUGCGGGAACUUUUGAGCAUCAUCCACCAACAUUCUGCUUGAUCACGUUAAACAAUAGUUUAUUUUAAUCUGUGGUUUAAUGUGAUGUGCAAUCCAGGCUGUUAGUUCUCAGCUUAUGUAUAUAGGCAUUCCCUUAUGUGUGAGGGUGAAGUGGGAUGCCUUUUCAAAUAUGGCACAGCUACACACAGAUUUUUCCACAUUCUAACUAUUAAAAUAAUCUCCUUAAGUGAAUAAAUAAACCAGUGCUGGGUCACCUCUUUAGUUGAUCAAAACAUUUUUAUUCAGUUAAUUUAACUCAUUAAUUAACUGAACACUGUCGCUCUAAAGGGCAAGGAAUAUUCACAAAAUGCAUUCCCAAAAUUAGCAUUCUUUUUGAAAUACUAGCCAUGAUGGUAACAGAGUACCAAGUCCUGAAAAUAUAACUCUGUAUUUAGUCCCAAUUUAUAUUUAUGAGUAAAAUCUGACCACUAGCAAGGAAAGCUUAUUGAUAUGAUGGGGGUUUUUUGGGGGGGGGGGACUUUUUAACAAAAAAGAAAAACCAAACUUUCUGAACAAAGAGAAAACUCUUUGAAAUGAGAGGAAUAAUUUUGUUCAUCACAUUCUUAUCUAAAGAAGGGAAAAGAAAGAAAAAGUGAUAGCCCUGAGCUGGAGUUGAACCCAACAAAUUUGUAGAGGUUUGAGUCUCUGCUUGUAGAGUUUCAGAGCUCGCCAGAAAGAUAUUUCAUAGAUGUACCUUAUUGGCUAGACAUCCUGCUUCAUGUACAUGCAAUGGUAAAUGUGCAGUUUGGAUAUAGAGCAGUCUUGAGGUUGACAUGCACUGUCACUUCACUUAAUCUUCUUUUAGCAGUUACCUGAGUAACUCAAUUAUAUUCUCGAAGCUGGGGGUGGGACUGAGAGGGAAAAUCAGCUAACAAUCUUCUUAAUGCACUUCUAAUUACCCAGAAUGCUUUUGAGGGGGGGGGGAGAACAAGCAAUCAUUGCCUUUUCAAAAGGAAAGAUGACAGAAAUCUGCUUUGUACCAGGUCAGACCAGCUGACCUGGUACAAAGCAGUUUGGAGUUGUGCAGGAUUGAGCCUAGAACCUUUUGAAAGCAAAGUUUAUGCACUAACACUGAGCCACACCCCUUCCUCACUGUUAAAUGUAGUCCAUUUGAAUAACAUUCCAUAGCAGCACAGGAUACUCGUUUUAGUAUUUCAUAAUAUUUUUUGCUUAACUACUACCACCUCCAAAACACCUUGGUGGUUAAUAAAUUGAAAGCUAAACUAUUAUAAGGGACAUAAGAAAAGCCCUGCUGGAUCAGACCAAGGUUCUGUCCCAUCAUCCUGUUUCUGGGAAGACUAUAAGCAGAACAUGAAGGCAACAUGUUUUUGCUCCUUAGCAACCUGUACAAGUGGCCUCUAAACCUGAAGGUUGCAUGCAGCUAUCAUGCAAACCCAGGAUUGUGAUGUGGCAGUGGAAGUUCUGCAGUGGGGGCUGCAUGAUGACAUUCUUACAUUUUUAUCAUAUAUAGAGAGAUGGGCUUUAGCAAAUGCUAGCCUUACUCAGAGCACAUCCGUAGAAAUUAAUGGACAUGACUAAUUUCAGUGGCGCUACACGGAAGAAGGAGGGACACGGGUGGUGCCGUGGGUUAAACCACAGAGCCUAGGACUUGCCGAUCAGAAGGUCGGCGGUUCGAAUCCCCGCGAUGGGGUGAGCUCCUGUUGCUCGGUCCCUGCUCCUGCCAACCUAGCAGUUCAAAAGCACGUCAAAGUGCAAGUAGAUAAAUAGGUACCGCUCCGGCGGGAAGGUAAACGGCGUUUCCGUGUGCUGCUCUGGUUCACCAGAAGCGGCUUAGUCCUGCUGGCCACAUGACCCGGAAGCUGUAUGCCGGCUCCCUCGGCCAAUAAAGCGAGAUGAGCGCUGCAACCCCAGAGUCGGUCAUGACUGGACCUAAUGGUCAGGGGUCCCUUUACCUUUACCUUUUGCACGGAAGAAGACUCUGGGUCUUCACAUUCCUCUUUAAACUAAACAGCAUUUCUCUCACCCAUAUUAGAGCAACUUCUUUUGUGGAAAACGUAGGAUUGGUUGGCUGCCAGCUUGCAAGGGAAGGAGCUGAGGUAGAACAAAUGUUCACUUUAUUCAACAUUGUAACAUAUUUGAUUCGCUUUCGCUGGGAGCUCCAACAGCUAAAACCAUUUUGUAGAUCUAUCGAUUACGGCUAAGCCAGCAUUGGAUACCACACUGUGAUACUUUUGUGAACUUCCUGUGCUCUUUUCUCCCCUUUAUGGUUCCAAUGAAAGAUCCUCUUCCAGUUGGCCCCAUGCCUACCCUGGCAUGGAGCAGUCUGUUAUUGGAUUUUGCUGGUGUUCAAGAAUCUUCUCCAGAUGCUUUCUUGCCAUUGUAAGCAGCUCUGUGCUUUGCAAAAAGAAAAAAGAAAUGAAAGAAAACCUGUGUACUGCAGCAAUCUGCCUUCUGUGUGUAUAGGAAGGUAAACAUUUGAACCAGUAAAGCAUUUGAGGCGGAAUGCAUCUCCGUUACAAGCAUUCAUUAGAACAAUGGUUCUUGCAUAAAAUGUGACACCCAGCGAAGCAAAGAGGGCUAUUUAAAAUCAAAUGUUUUCAGAGCUGCCAGAGGAGAAUGCACCUGACUUUUCAAAUCAAUGUAUGCUGCUUAGAUUUGAGAGGGAAGCGGAAUCAAUAUUUUCUCCCCGCCUCCCCCUUUCCUUACUACAGCCCUAUAAUAAAAGUCUAUUUUUCAAAAGACGCUUCCCUCAUAUUCCUAGCCUCCUGCGAAGGCUGUUGUGACUUGUUUGCUUUUAGUUAGGGCUGAUUCACACAACUGUUCCCAGGGCAUAUGUUCCAACUGUUGUGAUUAUAUAUAAAAAAUUGUCAGCCCAGAUUGAAUGAGGAGGUGAUGAAGCUGUCAUCUCGGUGGUUCACAGUGGACCAUAUGCCAAUUUACUACAUCACUGCAAAGGCUUCUAACAAUCUGAUCUGGGGCAUACCCACCCAGAAGCAAGUACAGUGGCAGCUACAGUCCACAAAUGGUGGCUGGGCUUGUUUUCUUGUGUGUCGUUCCCCCCCCCCCAUGUAAAAUCCAGCUCCACUGCAACAAUAAGAAGAAGGAUUCAGCAAAUGUAUUACAGACACAGCAACUAAGAGAUGUAGGCAAGCCCUAGACAUCUUUCCCACAGCCUCCCACCCACUUUUAUCCUGUGCCAAACAAGCAAGCAGCAUAUAGUUCCAUGUCGUGGGGUUGGCUUGCAAGGGUGAACAAUGGUCUGGGCUGUCACGUGUGCUGCAGAGUGUUCUACUUUUAAAACCUGCUUUCCUACCUCCUCUUCCUUCUGCUAGUGCUUGGGCUAAGCGGCAAAGCGUCUCUCCCAGCCUCCCAGUACAGCUGUUGUGGUCAUGCACAGGCUGCAGGGAAGUACACCCCAUUUUCAUGGCCAUCUCCUGCAUCCAUCUUUGCACCUACCCUCCUGCUGCUCUAGAAUGCCUGUUUCUGAGAUGUGCUGCCCUGGGGCCUCCUCCUACCACCAGAGCAGGCUUUGUCCCCUCAGACUGCAUCCUAAACACACUUACUAGGGUGUAAGCCUCCUUGUAUACAGUGGGACUUACUUUGGAAUAAACACACAUAGUAUUGUGCUGUCAGGAGUGGGCUUCAGCCCAUGAAUGCUUACACUACAAUGAAUGUUGUCGGUCUUUUAAGGUAAUACAGGACAUCGGGAGAGUUGGCUCUUAUUUAGGUACUGUGUAAAGAGGGUGGAUUCAAAUAGGCUGAUUUGGGGACUGCAUUUGCUGACUUAGCUCCAUUGACAUCUGUUCAGCUCAGUGGAGUGUUAUUAGCCUAGGUGGUCAUUGGCUCAUUUGUCCAGGGCAAAUCCUUCCUCCAUUUCAUAGAAUCAUAGAAUUGCUGAGUUAUUUAAACAAAUAAAAGAUGCAGUGCUAGCUGCCAAGAGGCUAGAAUUUAAUUUCCAAGUGUUUUUGAACCUUCUGUUUGCUUUGCUUUAUUUUUUAUUUGCUGAAGUUUUUUUUUAAAGGCUGUGGAUCUAAGCUGUGCAAAUUAUUUCUCUGUUAUAAUACUUGAGGCACCGUGUAUGAAAUUUUUUUUAUUAUUUGCAUUCUGUUUUGUGAAUGUAAUGAGGCUGCCUGCAGUUUUCCAUCAUGGCUAAAAUUUCUAUUAGGGAGAACAAAUAUAUUGAUUUACUCCUACUCUUGCAGAGGAAUUUGGUGGGAAGAAAGAACCCUUAAAUCUACAAUGCUGUGUACAUUUACCUCUCAAGAAACCCUGUUGAACAGAGUGGGACGUUCUUUUGAGCAAAUAUUCAUAGGAUCAAGCUGUAUAACUACUCAGUCCCAGGCUUUGUGAAAUAUAGGAAGUGUGGCCCCCAAUAAAUUUAUUUCACUGUUUUUCUUUGUAAUAUUUAAGUCAGGGAUGGGGAACUUGUGACCUUCCAGAUGGAUGUGGUUGGACUCCAUGCCCAUCAGCCCAGGGCAGCAUGGCCAGGGGCCAAGGAUGAUGUGAACUGUAGCUCAACAACAUCUGGAGGGCCAUAGGUUCCCCAUCUCUGAUCUAAGGUAUAAGAUUUGCAAUGGAUUUGUAGUGGGGAAUUUUUGUGUGUCCACUUCCUACUGUGAGGGUGACUCUCGGGCACAACAAAUGAUGGAUACCUAAUUACCCCAUGGUAGCUACUGACUAGGGACGCGGGUGGCGCCGUGGGUUAAACCACAGAGCCUAGGACUUGCCGAUCAGAAGGUUGGCAGUUCGAAUCCCCGCGACAGGGUGAGCUCCCGUUGCUCGGUCCCUGCUCCUGCCAACCUAGCAGUUCGAAAGCACGUCAAAGUGCAAGUAGAUAAAUAGGUACCGCUCCGGCGGGAAGGUAAACGGUGUUUCCGUGCGCUGCUCUGGUUCUCCAGAAGCGGCUUAGUCAUGCUGGCCACAUGACCCAGAAGCUGUACGCCGGCUCCCUCGGCCAUUAAAGCAAGAUGAGCGCUGCAACCCCAGAGUUGGCCACGACUGGACCUAAUGGUCAGGGGUCCCUUUACCUUUACCUUUACCUAGCUACUGACUAGUGAAGCACGGGCUGCAUGGUAGAUGACAGGCAGGAUCUCAUGCUUUCUCUAGAAUGAGCUGUGAGCUGUUGACUUGUGGGGAAACCCAAAGGCAGCUAGCAAAAUAUUUUGUUGCUAAUUGCAAAAUCCUGUGCUGGGCUUCUUUGCUUCAGCAAGGGGCAGUUCUGAUGGUGCCUGAGCCAAGGCUCGGACUUUGCUCUCAUUUCCCAAGUCCUGCAGGUGAGAGCAAUGCAGGGAGGCUGUUGCCUGCUGGAGUGAAUGCAGAAUUUGGAGGGGUGGCAGGACUCUGUCCACCAGCUGGCCUUUCCAGCUCCACCAACCCUGAAAGCAUCUUAGCUGAAAUUGUGAUGCCGUUUCAGGUGCUUCCAUCUGCCCAGUUCAUGAUGCCUCCUUCCUCAUGCGCAGUCUCCCAGUGUGGUGGUGGAAUUUCAGGCAGCCCAAGCAAAUCCCAACGUCGAUUUAUUGUUAGCCCUAUAACUCUUCCUCCAAGCAGCACAGAGUGACAUUGUAUUCUCACAAGCAUGUGAACGAAGGUUCAAUAGAAAUCUAGUUUUUAUAGAAAUCUGCAGAGGGAACUGCAAGCAUUGCUGUUCUCGCAGUCUGAUUUCACGUGACCACAGUAGUGGAUGAAAUCUUGGAUUGCCCGGGGUUGCCUGUACAGUGGUACCUCGGGUUAAGUACUUAAUUCGUUCUGGAGGUCCGUACUUAACCUGAAACUAUUCUUAACCUGAAGCACCACUUUAACUAAUGGGGCCUCCUGCUGCUGCCGUGCUGCCGGAGCAUGAUUUCUGUUCUCAUCCUGAAGCAAAGUUCUUAACCUGAAGCGUAUGUAACCUGAAGCGUAUGUAACCCAAGGUACCACUGUAUUGCUUCUCCCACCAGUGUCUACAGGGGCCAUUCUAGCAUGGAAAGAAACAAAGUGAUCACACUGGCUCUGUAUAAUGUGUACCACGGGAGCAGUUUUUCAGUGGCCACCGUGUUGCUGCGGUGACUGGGUGCAUUUACCCAAGGCCACCCAAUGAAAUUCGUAUCCAAAACAAUAUCUGGGAUACUGAGAUCUAUAUGCCUGACACCAUAGUCAGCAGACAGCACUGGCUCUUGUCUGCAUCUGGUCUACAGAUGGCCAGGAUAUCAGUGCAGGUGGAAGAUCCCCAAGCAUGUGGGCUGGGGGGUUGUGAUCUGCUGAGUUAGCACAUCUGAACUCAGAAAGAGCCACGCACAGAUGCACUCCUGAAAACAUUGUGCACAUUCUCAACAGCCAUCUCCGUUUCUAAUUUUCAUCCUCCGUCUUGGCAACAAAUGCCCUCCCUUCCAUCAUGAUGGUGCAUAAUGAUUUUUUCCCUUGUGCCCCAUCAAUUUUUCUUAUUCAUGAGUGUGCCACAAUUGGGCUGACCUAUAAGUUUUGAUGUGUCAGAAAUAAAAUGAAGAAUGAUAGUUUAGUAGUGUUGUGUGAAAAUUAAGAAAGCAUCUCAGCAGGGUAUUCAAAUAGCAGUUGAUCACUACUUGCCAUCUGUAGUGUUUGCAUUGUGCUUUCUGUCGUGGUUUGCUGGUGACGAGAAUGGAGGAUAUGGAGUUGUGCAGCACACGGCCCUGAUAUUCAAGACAGAGCACAAAGUAAAAAUGGCACUGAAUCAAGAACUGUAGGCUAACUUCCAGUAUAUGAUGUAUUGUAAUGCUCAAGACAGCUAUCCGCUCAUUAAAGUUGGCUUAAUGUUAUGAAUUCCGUUUAAUAGGUUGGCUGGGUUAUAAGAAACUUAAUACAAAACAUUGGCCACUUUUUUGAGAUGGAAAUGGUGUGCUAUAAAAAAAUUUAAAUAAAUAACUCCUCCCACCCAUUUUCUCCAUGGUAAGCAUGGAGCAUAAGAGCUUAAAUGCUACUGUGGUUUACUAGUCAGAAUGAUGGUUAGAAGGAUAAAAUGGAACGAUUUCCAUUUUAUCUCUAUGCUUUAGAACAGUGUUUCCCAAACUUGGGUCUCCAGCUGUUUUUCGGACUACAAUUCCUAUCAUCUCUGACCACUGGCCUUGCUAGCUAGGGAUGAUGGGAGUUGUAGUCCAAAAACAGUGGGAAGACCAAAGUUUGGGAAACGCUGCUUUAAACUGUAAAUAUUCUUCAAAAGGACAAUAACUUCUUUAAAAAUAAUAUCUCUGGCAUGAUAGAGUGGUUCUAGGAAAUCCAGGUUCAACCCCCACCCCUCCAGCAAUGAAUCUCAGUAGAUGGUCUUGUGGCAGUCGCCAUUUCUUAGCCUUACCUACCUCAUUGGGUUGGUUUGAGGGCAAAAUGAAUGGGUAGGCGGGGAACAUUGUAAGUUGCUUUGAGUUCCUUGAGGGGAAAUGUGGCAUGCCAAUGUAGUAGACAAAUCUCUGGGUUUACUUAAUGCAGAACUGUUCUUGGUUUACCUCUGUGAAAGAUUAAGAUUUUGACAAUGUUAUAAACUUGUGUUGUUUCAGGACCUCAGGGCAGAAACCCCACUUGGUGAACUGUGGCAUCAUGACUUUUGGGGGAGCAAACUCAGUAGCAAUACCAGCCAUAAAUCUUAUCGACCGCUUACUGUAUUAACUUUCAGGUGAGAUGCUGUCGGGCUCCACUUAAGACAUUUAAAUGGGGCGGGGGGGGCAUUAAAAGGAAGUAGAAUUUACUGAGAUGCUACCUUUAACAUGGAGGAAAGUUUCAUUAGUGCUCUUAUGUUGUGCUACUCUACCCCUGAAGCCAGCUUUCUGUAACCAAACUCUUAUAACUAUUUAGGAUCACAACAUACGUAGCAGUCCCAAAUCUCUCGCAAAGAAAAUAUCCUGCCAUGCUUUUUCUUCCUGGUAGGGACAGGAGGAGUACCGUAUUUUUCGCUCCAUUGGACGCACCGGACCAUAGGACGCACCGGAUCAUAGGAGGGGGAGAACAGGGAAAAAGAUUUUUUUUCUUGUUCUCCCCCUCCAAAGCAAGGUGUGUUCAAGGUACAUUCACCAGAGCUUGUGGGGCUGGCGGUGGGGGGAAGCGCUGCUUUACCCCACCGCCAGCCUCAAAGAUCCCUGAAGCCUUUGGAGCGCAGCGCCCCGCUGCCCUGCACAGGUUUGCGCGCAGCUGUCCCCAAGCUAGAGCAGCGAGAUGGAGCCCUCCGUCUUGCUGUUCUGGCUUGGGAACAGCCUUGCUAGCUUCUGCAGGACAGCGGGGUGAAGGCACCCCGCUGCCCUGCAGAGGUUUGCGCGCAGCCCUCCCCUUGGAGCAGGUUUGCGCGCAGCCGUCCCCAAGCUAGAGCAGCGAGACGGAGCCCUCCGUCUCGCUGUUCUGGCUUGGGAACAGCCUUGCUAGCUUCUGCAGGACAGCGGGGUGAAGGCACCCCGCUGCCCUGGAGAGGUUUGCGCGCAGCCGUCCCCAAGCUAGAGCAGCGAGACGGAGCCCUCCAUCUCGCUGUUCUGGCUUGGGAACAGCCUUGCUAGCUUCUGCAGGACAGCGGGGUGAAGGCACCCCGCUGCCCUGCAGAGGUUUGCACGCAGCCCUCCCCUUGGAGCAGGUUUGCGCGCAGCCGUCCCCUAGCUAGAGCAGCGAGAAGGAGCCCUCCGUCUUGCUGUUCUGGCUUGGGAACAGCCUUGCUAGCUUCUGCAGGACAGCGGGGUGAAGGCACCCCGCUGCCCUGCAGAGGUUUGCGCGCAGCCCUCCCCUUGGAGCAGGUUUGCGCGCAGCCGUCCCCAAGCUAGAGCAGCGAGACGGAGCCCUCCGUCUUGCUGUUCUGGCUUGGGAACAGCCUUGCUAGCUUCUGCAGGAGAUCGGUGUGAAGGCACCCCGCUGCCCUGCAGAGGUUCUGCGCACAGCCCUCCCCUUGGAGCAGGUUUGCGCGCAGCCGUCCCCAAGCUAGAGCAGCGAGAUGGAGCCCUCCGUCUUGCUGUUCUGGCUUGGGAACAGCCUUGCUAGCUUCUGCAGGACAGCGGGGUGAAGGCACCCCGCUGCCCUGCAGAGGUUUGCGCGCAGCCCUCCCCAAGCUAGAGCAGCGAGACAGAGCCCUCCAUCUCGCUGUUCUGGCUUGGGAACAGCCUUGCUAGCUUCUGCAGGACAGCGGGGUGAAGGCACCCCGCUGCCCUGCAGAGGUUUGCGCACAGCCCUCCCCUUGGAGCAGGUUUGCGCGCAGCCGUCCCCAAGCUAGAGCAGCGAGAAGGAGCCCUCCGUCUUGCUGUUCUGGCUUGGGAACAGCCUUGCUAGCUUCUGCAGGACAGCGGGGUGAAGGCACCCCGCUGCCCUGCAGAGGUUUGCGCGCAGCCCUCCCCAAGCUAGAGCAGGGAGACAGAGCCCUCCGUCUCGCUGUUCUGGCUUGGGAACAGCCUUGCUAGCUUCUGCAGGACAGCGGGGUGAAGGCACCCCGCUGCCCUGCAGAGGUUUGCGCGCAGCCCUCCCCUUGGAGCAGGUUUGCGCGCAGCCGUCCCCAAGCUAGAGCAGCGAGAUGUAGCCCUCCGUGUCGCUGUUCUUGCUUGGUAACAGCAUUGCUAGCUUCUGCAGGACAGCGGGGUGAAGGCACCCCGCUGCCCUGCAGAGGUUUGCGCGCAGCCCUCCCUGAAGCAGGUUUGCGCGCAGCCGUCCCCAAGCUAGAGCAGCGAGACGGAGCCCUCCGUCUCGCUGUUCUGGCUAGGAACAGCCUUGCUAUCUUCUGCAGGACAGCGGGGUGAAGGCACCCCGCUGCCCUGCAGAGGUUUGCGCGCAGCCCUCCCUUGGAGCAGGUUUGCGCGCAGCUGUCCCAAGCUAGAGCAGCGAGGACGGAGCCCUCCGUCUCGCUGUUCUGGCUAGGAACAGCCUGCUAGCUUCUGCAGGACAGCGGGGUGAAGGCACCCCGCUGCCCUGCAGAGGUUUGCGCGCAGCCCUCCCCUUGGAGCAGGUUUGCACGCAGCCGUCCCCAAGGGGAGGGCUGCGCGCAAACCUCUGCAGGGCAGCGGGGUGCCUUCACCCCGCUGUCCUGCAGAAGCUAGCAAGGCUGUUCCCAAGCCAGAACAGCGAGAACGGGGGCUCCGUCUCGCUGCUCUAGCUUGGGAGGGCUGCGCGCAAACCUCUGCAGGGCAGCGGGGUGCCUUCACCCCGCUGUCCUGCAGAAGCUAGCAAGGCUGUUCCCAAGCCAGAACAGCGAGACGGAGGGCUCCGUCUCGCUGCUGCUAGCUUGGGGACGGCUGCGCGCAAACCUCUGCAGGGCAGCGGGGUGCCUUCACCCGCUGUCCUGCAGAAGCUAGCAAGGCUGUUCCCAAGCCAGAACAGCGAGAUGGAGGGCUCCUUCUCGCUGCUCUAGCUUGGGAGGGCUGCGCGCAAACCUCUGCAGGGCAGCGGGGUGCCUUCACCCCGCUGUCCUGCAGAAGCUAGCAAGGCUGUUCCCAAGCCAGAACAGCGAGACGGAGGGCUCCGUCUCGCUGCUCUAGCUGGGGGACGGCUGCGCGCAAACCUCUGCAGGGCAGCGGGGUGCCUUCACCCCGCUGUCCUGCAGAAGCUAGCAGGCUGUUCACAAGCCAGAACAGCGAGAAGGAGCGCUACGCAGUGCUCCGUCUUCCUGUUCUAGCUUUGGGCUUAGCGGCGCAGCCUGCAUUCGCUCUAUAGGACGCACACACAUUUCCCCUUAGUUUUUGGAGGGGGAAAUGUGCGUCCUAUAGAACGAAAAAUACGGUAUCACAUAGACAUCAAAGGUCACUUCUUGGUUACAGAGGACCAUGGAGGUGCAUCAAGCUAGUUCUUAACAACCAAACGUCACCAUGCAUAUUUUCCAAUAUUUUUAAUGAAGGUUUUUUUUUAAUUGACACAACUUUGUAGGUCCUCUGAAAAUGUAUAACCACUUAAGUGAAAUGGGAAGUCAUAUGAUGAGAGUGUGAUGAUUGAGGAAAGAUACUUGCCAUCACACAUAAUAUAAUAAAUGAUACGUUGUGCUGAAGAAGCAAACUCUAGUGAGUGGUUUUCAAACACAACACCCUUACUGCUUUGGCACACGUUUUCUACUCUUCUUUCCUUUAGCGUAUAACUUUCUUUAUGAAUGAAUGGCAGAAUGCCCUGGAGGUGGGGAGAGAAAAAGCAGGAAUCGUGGCCGGCAGAACUGCAUACACUUUUUGCACAGGCCCAUCUAUUAUUCCAGUCUCCUGUGUCAACAGAUGGAAGACCAGCACAGAACAACCCCAAAGCAUGUGUCUCUGACAGGGAGCAGGUGUGUUGCAAAGGUGUAUCCAAUUCUCCUUCUCUUCCCCGCCUCCUAAAAAAAAUAAAAAAGCAUCACGCAGACACCUUACUUUAUCCCUCUCUGACUCAAUCUUGCAUAUGAAACACAGCACUGAGCAUCUGGGGCUGCUGAUGGAGAAGAGGGGAUAACUGGAUUUAUAAACGUAUUUUCUAAGGGGCACCUUAGCCAGGAAAAUCUGUGUGCCAUUGAAAGGAGAGUCCCUGUUUGCACUAGUGCAUUCAAUCUUUUCCUCCUCUCGCCCACAGUCUUCUUAUCAAGGAGUACUUAGUUGCUGGGAACAUUGAAAGCUGCCUUAUAGCAAAGACAUCUUCCUACUAUUCACACAUUGCUCUAGCACUGGAAGAAGUUCUGGAACUGCAGGUGGUAUUCAACUAAGUUUUACUUGGGAGUAGACCUAUUGAAAUUAACAUACCUAACUUGAUCAUUAAUUUCAGUGGUCUGCUCUGGAGUAAAACAUAGUUGAAUACUACCCUGUGACCUUGAAAGCUCUGGCUCAAAACCGGGGCUCCUUUUGAUAUAUUGCAGAGAAGGGAAAAAUGAGUGCAUAAAAAAAGGAGGAGUUGAGCAAGAGGGAAAGAAAAUGAACUGAAAAGGAGUGACUGAAUGGAGAAGAGCACAUUUAGGAGGGGGAGAGAGUUGGCUUCCUAUCCUCUUCAGCAACAUGUUCUUGUUGCUAGGCCCAAUGUUAAGGUGCCUACCUGUGUGUGCCCCUCUUCCAGAAGCAGAGCCAAAUGAUACCUUCCCAGCAGGUGCUCCACAGCUGCUUACUGGGAGAGGUGGACAAGGCAACAGGAAAGUCAGCAGAAUGCAGGUGCACCAACGGAACCAAUCAAAUGCUCUCACUGGUGUGCCGACUUUUGCCUUCUCUCCCCUCUCUCCCGAUAAGCAACGAUGACUCCCUUCCCUUGUGGCUCCACCCCAACAGAAGAGCUGCUCCUGCUCUCUUCAUAACUUGUUUCCACUGUGCAUCGAUAGUAAGUAGUUUGACACUGCCGUCUUGAUGAAUACAUCCAGAUUUAUUCAGAAUUUAUUUUUUUAAAAAUAUUUGUGCAUUUUAAUCCAUUCAUUUGUUGUCAUUUCUAACAUCAAUGUUUUUCCCCCCUUGUGUAGGAUUAACUACCUUUUAGCUGGAGGCUUCUACCCAUUGGGCUUUCAUGUCGUCAAUAUAAUACUCCAUUGUGCUAUCUCUGUCUUAAUUGUUGAUGUCUUCUCAAUAUUAUUGGGUGGGCUGCAGUACACCAGUAAAGGAAGACGGCUAAACUUUGUCCCCAAAUCAUCCCUGCUCGCGGCUUUGCUGUUUGCUGUACAUCCAGUGCACACUGAAUGUGUAAGUACUUCACGAUUUAAGUAUUAAAAGCUCAAAAACCCAGAGUCCAUUAACAAUAUUUAAUCUUCCUUAUCCUUUCAAAUACAUGUAUUAUGCAAUCCAUAGGUGUGGGGUGGGUGUGAAUGUAUACAUUGUGUACAUUUGCAUGUGCUUUGUAUUGAUGCAACCGUGCUUUUUUGUUCUUUUGGGGUUUGUUUGUUUGUUGCACAUGACUAAUCCUAACUUGCGCUAGGAGAAGCCAGUGCUAGGAUUUCUGCGCAGUGGAACUCCCCCCCCCCUACAUGUCCCUGAGCACCCUCCCUAGAUCUGCUCCAGAGAGCUGGGAGAACCUUCAUAGCAGCACGUGGGGGAAUGAGAGGGGAGAUAGUUCAAUCUGGCAACUCUCUUAUGUUUUGUGGGUCUGGUUUUUAGUUUUGUUCUUUAGAUUUAUAUUUAUAUAUCUCCUGCUCUUACAUGGAGUUCCCAAUAGUCUCCCAUCUCCCCCCAUUUAAGCACCUGCUUAGUUUCAGUAGGGACGCGGGUGGCGCUGUGGGUAAAACCUCAGCGCCUACGACUUGCCGAUCGUAUGGUUGGCGGUUCGAAUCCCCGCGGCGGGGUGAGCUCCCGUCAUUCGAUCCUAGCUCCUGCCCACCUAGCAGUUCAAAAGCACCCUUAAGUGCAAGUAGAUAAACAGGUACCGCUUUAUAGUGGGAAGGUAAAUGGCGUUUCCGUGUGCUGCGCUGGUGCAGGCUCGCCAGAGCAGCUUUGUCACGCUGGCCACGUGACCCGGAAGUGUCUUCGGACAGCGCUGGCCCCCGGCCUCUUAAGCGAGAUGGGCGCGCAACCCCAGAGUCGGUCACGACUGGCCCGUACGGGCAGGGGUACCUUUACCUUUUUACCUUUUAGUUUCAGUAAGGUUAUAGCCACGAUUGCCAAUGUGAUGUCCUCCAGAUUUUGCUGGACUACAUCUUCCUACAUCUAUGACCAUUGGUCAUGUUGGCUGGAGUGAAAAUGAAUUGGAGUCCAACAACAUCUCAAUUGCAUCACAUUGACUCCCCCUGGAUUUUCGAAUCUGGUGUUCAGACUACUCACUAGAUAUCUGCUCUUUAAUAGUUAACUUUGCUGCUACUUCAUAAGUUCAUGCACCUCACUUUUCACAUUGUAGGUCUUUGCUAAAUGAAAGUGAAUUUCUGUUGAGAAUUCUUAAUUUUGCAGAAGCUGAUAGGUUGGGGUUUUUUUUUAACACCUGAUGCAUUUAAUGGCAGCUAUCGUGGUACAAUAAUAUCAGAGUGUAAAAACAUGCAAAAUCUGGAGAUGAUGAAAAGCCAGAUGUUUUUGAAAUAGCAACUGUAUUGAUUUUCCACAUAAAUGACAUAUUUUGACAAAUUAUUAUUAGAAUCUGUUUCCAGGGGAGUUGUCUAGUUUCUUUUGUGCUGGUGGAUAUAAAUGGAAGGAAUCUUAAGACUUUUCAUAUAUAAAAUGGUUGUAGAAACACUUGUUCUUCAUAGUGUUUUCACUUCCCAGCGAGUCUUGGGUUUGGUUCAAUAGGUAAUAUAUUUGGCUUGGGCUAAGGAGAUAUCGCUCCAAAAUACCCAUUCAUUAAACAAUGGGUUGAAGCUGUAGAAACCAUUUUUGUGAGGUUUUAUUUUUCUUGCAAAAGCUGUUGCUUUGGAGGGCACAAAAAAUUCCACAAGAACCCCUUCUUUCCAGUAUUUUGCACAUUCCCCUCCAUCCUUGUCCUUGUCUACAGCCACUGUCUCCUGCCCCACCCCUCUUUGUCAAGCCUCUCUUUGUCCCUAUGGUGAGUGUUGGGAUAUGGAUCUUGGUGGUCCUCAAAGGUCACUUAGGAGAGAGGAGAAGGCUCAGGUGACCAAUGGCAGGGUAGAGAGGAAUGCUCAGAGAGGGAAUGCCGUACAGCCCAAAGGAGAAUCCACUUCUUCUUUGAGCUCACUUCGUUCUACCUGCUCCCUGGAGAUAAAAAGAUGAUAGCUAUCCUGUUAUCCAAAGGUGACUGUUGAAAGGAGAGUUUUGUAGACUCUUGUUUAGACUGAGCACAGCCAGCCAGCACAGUUGACUUCUUGGUUCCACCAGCAGUAUAUGCAGGGACUAGCAUGAAAACAUUAGCCUUGAGAAGGGACCUGUGCCAUUGAUCGAUGAAGCCGGUUUUGAACAUAUUUGAACAAGGAUGAGUUGUUUUGACCUCCCUGGUAUUUUCCUGCCAGGGUAGGGGGGUUCUGUAAGUGCCGUCUCCUAUCUUACAUACCCCCAUUCAAACUCGCAUAUCUAGAAUUUGCGUGGUGUGUAAACGUCUUAUCCAAGGGCUCUUUGUACGUGCAGGAACUCUCUAUUUUGACUUCCAGCAUGGGAAAGGGCUCCCACUUAAUGAGAAUGGGUUCAACCCAGCUAAAGUUAACUGCUCUUAAAGGCUCAUUGAUUCCAACAAGAGCUGAUGAAGCCUUUGGUUAAUUCUCUCAUAUUGAGAUCAAGGGGUCUUCAGCAUGCUUCACUUGGGCUGUAUUGUGGCCACUGUUCACAAAUCCCUGGUGGCGCUGAUGCAACGGUUUUUAAAAAAGCAAUUAGCCUUCCACACUACUUCACUUGAGGGGAAACUUCUAUUUUGGUAAUUAAAUCCCUUUUCUUUUCUUUUUCAAGAUCGCUGGGAUUGUUGGCAGAGCAGACCUGCUGUGCGCCCUGUUCUUUUUAUUGUCUUUCCUUGGCUACUGCAAGGCGUUUAGAGAAAGUAAGUACUUGAACACACACCAUCGGUUUCUGAGCAGAUCAGUCCGUUAGAGCACCACCAAAACAACGAAAAUUGGUACCUAAUUAAUAAUAUGGUGGUGAGAGAUCAAAGUGCUCCCAGUUUGUGUCACCAGUCCCCCAUCUCUCUAAUGUUGCAUGUAGGAAGUAGUGUAUGAAUUAAGUGCUUGCACGUAUAUCUGCCUUUUCUGUAACUGGAAGAAUCAUUGGAAUUGGAGGGGGAAAGGGUAUAGUGCACAUAUAUGUGAAAUUUAUGGACUAUACACAUGUGUUUUUAAUUGCAUUUUGUUGCCAGCCUCCUUAAGGACCUCUGUGUGGGUUGAAACACAGGACAGAAUUUUAAUGAAUAUUUUUGAUGGCCUAAGUGCAUGAUGGCCAGCAUCCUAAAAAGAGCUCUGAUAGAUGAGAGCAAAGACUCAUCUAGUCCAGCAGACUCUUUCCUACAGGGAUGAACCAGAUGCCUCAGGGGAAGCCUCCUAGCAGGAUAUUUUUGUUUUCCAACAGCUGAUAAUCAGAGUCAUGUUGCUGCUGAUCCUGGAGGAAGUAUGCAGCCAUAAUAAUUAAUGGUCACUGAUACCCUUAUACUUCAUGAAUUGGUCGGCUUAUAAGUAAGAUACAUGUGUGUAUAGCUCUCUAUGCAAGUCCUACUUCACAUAAAAUGCUUCUACAUAUAUGAAGCAGGCCUAAAAGAGAUGUGAUAUAUGGUUAGAAGAAUUAUGAAUGAGAAGAAACCUUUCCAGAUGAUACACAGUUGACUGAAAAACCACAUGGAGGCUAGUAAUUCAUAGACUGAUACCAGGAUGGAAAGAGGAUUGUGUCAGGAUUAUGGUCCGUGUUUUUUCUCUGGGGGCACUCAAGGGUACGCAGUACUGGCACCUCCCCCCAAAAUGUUAAAAGUGUGGCACUUAAUGUAACUUAAUUGUGAGUACCAGCACCCUAAUUUUAGGGGAAAAAAUGCGUUCUAGGCAUCGUGCCUAAAGCCAAAAUCAUAUAUAGUCGAAACAAAGUCAGUUUUUCCCAGGAUCCCAUUCUAUCCCCUUUCCAGCCUAUUUUUAUUUUUUGCCAUGCGUGUAAAGCUUAAUGUGCACAAGUUAAAUGCACAUUAAGUUGCAGGCUUACUGUGUCUCCUUUGUUACCUCUGUUUCGCUCACUUCUUCAGAUGCACUGUUCAAACAAAAUGUUUCAGAUCCAGGUACCCCACCACCAUAUUGAAGAGCAGCCCAAUGGCUAUAAAAUCUUCCUCAGUUUCCUUGCAGUACCUUCCUUGUGCUUAUUUCAUGCUUUUUUCAUCUUAACAUUUGUGCCAUUAAUCAGAACAAUGAUUUAUUAUGACUUUGCCAAUUUACUCAUCAAUAUUAUUAUUCUUUUGCUUCAUUAUACAGUUACAUUGUUUUUAAAUAUUAACUCACUUGGGCUAGCUUCUGCUUUUUAAGGGAAACCUCCUUAAUUCUUUAAAUAUUUAUAUGCCAUCAUUUGGAUUUGUCUUUGCCCUUGUCUGAUCUGUGGUAUAUAUUUUAUGUAUACCUCUGCUAUGCUGUAUUUUAAUGACCUCUACACUUCUCAACAAUACUUAAGCUUCAUGUAGGGUUUUCUGGUUGUGUGAGUUUUUACAGUUAGUGGCAGAGAGAUAAGAAAAUGCUAAUGCAUCUCAUUGUCUAGAGAGAGAAAACUUCUGGAUUCACAUUGAAUUCCAAAGAAAGGACCUCCCACCAUUGCUUCUCCCUGUUUUGAAAGAAGGGGGGGUGUACGCUGCUGACAAAUCAUAGCUCCUCUAAAAUCAUGGAGGUGGGGGAAACAGUCUAAGGGAGCCAGAAAGAGGGCAGACUGUAGGCCCCCUGUAGAUACUAUUAGCUCCCUCAGCAUUACAAAUUCCUUAGAACACUUUGUGUAUGUGUGGAUCUUGGGGUGGGGAGCAGAAAGAGCUGGAUCGGAGCGUGCAACAUUUGAGGGUGGUGUUACCUGGCAUAGCAGGGGACGUGGGUAGCGCUGUGGUCUAAACCACUGAGCCUCUUGGGCUUGCUGAUCGGAAGGUCAGUGGUUCGAGUCAGUGCAAUGGGGUGAGCUGCCAUUGCUCUGUCCCAGCUUCUGCCAACCUAGCAAUUCGAAAACAUACCAGUGCAAGUAGUUAAAUAGGAACCGCUAUGGUGGGAAGGUAAAUGGUGUUUCCGUGCACUCAGGGUUCCGUCACGGUGUUCCAUUGUGCCAGAAGCAGUUUAGUCAUGACCCGGAAAGCUGUCUGGACAAACGCCAGCUCUCUCAGCCUGAAGCGAGAUGUGCACCGCACCCCAUAGUCGCCUUUGACUGGACCUAACCGUCCAGGGGUCAUUUACGUUUUCCUUUUUUUUUUUAACCUUACCCACUUUUUACGUAGCCCCACUGCUUGCUGCCGUCUUCAGCAGCAUGGGGCCAGAAAACACCCCAAGGAGGCUCAUUUCAAUCUAUGAAUUUAGAUGGUGGUUGAGAGGAUUUGAGAUAUGGAAUGUUAGGGUGGCACUUGAGACGAGAAAAAGAAAAAUGGAGGUUAGGGGGCGAGAAGACCCUGGCUUGCUCAGGCUCCAAACAGCUUAUAGGAAAGGUUUAAAAAUAAUUCUCCCUGUGCUAUAUGGGGAUGUUUAAUAAGGAGGGGGGAAAGGAAAAACCUGCUCUGUAAAAUUUCCUGGUUGAAGACUAGGAGACAGUCUCAAACCUGAGCUCUCUAACACCAUGCAGCCUUUUCCUUUCUACAUGCCUCUCCUCAGUGAAUACUUGUGAGGUGAGGAGAAUCUCAGGCCCAUGGAUCUCUCCCCAGGCCAAACCUCCCUCCAGCCCUGCUCCAGGCAACUCCCCUGUGUGCUUUAGCUUGCCUGGAAUGUGUCAUUGAACUGUGAUAAUGCUUCCUGCCCGAAUAAAGGAUGGAGAUAUUUGUGUGGUGUAUAUCCAGAAUCCUCUUAACUUUUGUAUUGCUGGAAUGUAACCUACUAUAACAAAGUCCAUUGCUCUGCCUUCUUUCUCCCGUGGUUUGCAACUAACACUGGCAUGUGGCCCCCAGAUGUUUUCCUAUAAGGCAAUGUGGCCCUCAGUUUCCCCUCCCAGGGAUACACUGCAACAUUCUAUGUCAAGUCCCAUUUUUGUUUACGUAUGGCCACUGCUUCAUCAAUUCGUAUGAUUUGUGUCAGAUACUGGGUAGUGCUGUGGUACAAAUCCAGAGCCGUCUCUGCUCUUACACAUUAACCUUUGGAAUCAAAGCUGCCUAUUAAUUGCUAGAGGGAGAACCCAGGCUUUAGAUGUAAAUGUUCAGCCAAGCCUUCGACCCAAAUAGACCUCAGUCCCACAAUGACUUCAUUGGAGCAUAAAAUGAAUGUACAAGUUGCAUGGCCUCGCAGUAUGAAUUUAAUCUAUUUCUGUAAACUAGAUUCUCUUAUAUAAAAUGACAGAAACACUUGUGGGCAUUUAGCUUUCUGGAACAGGAAUCAAAUGCUUUCCGCAAAUCUUUGGCACGGAUUACACUGGUGGCCAUCUGGUGAGGGUGGCAGAGUGCCUUCUCACAAUAUGGUGCACCAGUUUAAACUCGGUUCAGGUGCCAACCAGGAAUGAGUUCCAUUCUCUGAAAGGAGAUCGUGGUGGGAGAAAGCAGCAUUGUUGUAGGGAGUGUGCUUCGUUAAGCUGAUUAGCACACUUGGCAUGUGUGCAGCCAGAGUAAUAGCUGGCACUUGUUCAUUGCUUUACAUUUUCGGUGCUAUUGAGUGAGAAUCAAAACUGAAAUUGACUAUUUGGAUCUGUUGGACUUCAUAUUCUGGGGGUUUUUUAUAAGUUUUUUUUUAAAUAAGUUUGUAUAAUGCCCAUUUUAGGGAUGAGAAUGAAGAUUGUGCAUGCAAAAAUGCGCAUACACACACACAAAUGAAUAUACAAAUAUAUAGAAUUUUCAAACCUUGAACAUCAGUGUGCUUUUUUAGCAUAGAUCUGUAUUCCCAUUCAGAGCGAAGAUUGAUGCUGGCCCAAGAAUCUUAGAAAUGAAAUGCAUUUACUUUUUGCCCAUCACUUUCUAAAGGUUUAGGAUGAGUUGAAAAGAUUCCCAUAGUGAACUGGUCUAGAUGUUGCUUUUGCCAUAUGUAGUAUAAGGAUCUGCAUGCAUUUAUUAUUAUUUAUUUUAUGAUUACAUUUAUAUCUCACUUUUCCUCCAAGAAGGUCAGUGUGGCACAUACACACAGCUACCCCCAUCUUAUCCUCUCAACAUCCCUGUGAAGUAGGUUAGGCUGGGACAGCGUGACUGGACCAAGGUCAUCCAGUGAGUUUCAUGGCUGAAUGGGGAUUGGAAGUUGAGUUGUCCUAGUCCAGUACUUUGACUCUCAUACAUGUAUUGAGCCUUACCACAAAUCUUGUUUGGGAGCAUAAUAAUAAUAAUAAUAAUAAUAAUAAUUUUUAUUUAUACCCCGCCCUCCCCAGCCAAGGCCGGGCUCAGGGCGGCUAACAAGCAAUAAUAAAAAUAAGUUGAAUGAAUACAACUUAAAAACAAAAUUAAAAUACAACAUUAAAAUAUUAAAAUGUAGCCUCAUCGCAGGAGGAGAAAGGAAAAGAAAAAAGAAAGAGGGGGAGGGAAUCAAAUUGGCCCCAAGCCAAAGGCCAGGUGGAACAACUCUGUCUUACAGGCCCUGCAGAAAGAAAUCAGAUCCUGCAGGGCCCUGGUCUCAUGAGGCACAGCGUUGCACCAGGUCAGAGCCAGUGUUGAAAAGGCUCUGGCUCUGGCUGAAGCUAAUCUAAAUUCCUUAGGGCCCGGGACCACUAGGGUGUUGCUAUUUAUGGACCUUGAGGCUCUCCGUGGGCCAUACAGGGAGAGGCGGUCCUGUAGGUAAGAGGGUCCUAGGCCGUGAAGGGCUUUAAAGGUCAAAACCAGCACCUAUAAUGUAAGCACUAUUUUCCUUAUUCAGGAAAACAUACAGGUACGCAAACAUACAGGUAAACAGGACAACUAGCAGAUUGUGGGGAGUAUGUGUUCAGACUGCGUGAAUGGUGCAGGGAGAAGGUUUAAAUCCCAUCAUCCAAUGCAGUGAUCCUCAUCCCGUUCAGAACUCCAAGACUGCUUUGAAAAUAAAUGAAAAGAGAAAGGAGGCCCACUCAUUGAUCUCCAUUAUUUUGUCUCGUUUGACCCUGACUGUUGAAUUAUAAGUAACGUUAAUUAAUUAAUUAUUAAUGUUCCUUUCCGACGAACCAAGAGACAUUUAUUUUGCACUUUAGGUGGGUAUCCAUAUUGGAGCACAGAAUGCAAAGUGAGAACAGGUCCUCUGUUUGUGACUUUGAAAUCAGUAGCAUUACGGAGUUGGCAAAUGGAAGGGUUUUCUGAAGUCACUGUUGUGGGGGGAAGGGUGUGCGAAAUAACAUUUUGUGGAAAGGCUUCAGAAAAUUCCCAUUUGGUAUUGGGAAAGCAGCCAAUUUUAAUCACAGUAUUUUUGUUCAGAGGGAUAUUUUUGACUUGCUUGGUAGAUCUAUGUGCAAAUUAUUGCUUUUUAAAAAGCUUGUGCUGUACUCUUAAUCUGUAGCAGAAGCCUAAAAUUUGCUAACAGAAUUUAUUGUAUAUUAAUGUCAGGCAGUAACUUGCUAAUGGAAUGAACAUGUGUGUCUACAUUCUAUCUGUCUUACUGAAAAUUUCAACCAUGAAAAGCAGACCACAUUUUCUCUUAUCUUAAACAUUUUUAAAGUAAUUAACAAAGAGCAUAUCCUUGAAUGACAGAACUUAUUCUAAAACAGCUUUCCACCUAGGGCCAAUGUCAAUGCUUCUAUAUGUUGUCAGUUUCUUUUCUUUAUGCCCUGUUUUUAAACUGAUAGGUAAAGAAGGAGCCCAAUUUUCUACUGCCUGGGUCUUACUUAGCGUCCUCCUAGGAGCUCUAGCCAUGCUGUGUAAAGAACAAGGAAUCACAAUACUGGUAAGUCUUCUCUUAACAGUUAAACAUUGACGUUUCUUAUCAGCCAAAAGCAGCUCACUGUUAAAUAAACUCUCUUCAUAUGGCAAAAUAUGUGUCCCUUAUGGUUUGUGCAUCGCUUAGGCUGUCUUGCAGAAAACGUGGUAAAUUCAGCAACGAUAAUCGUUACAAUCUUUCCUCUUUUCCUGUUUUUGUUUUCUGAUUUCUAUUGCAAAUGCUUUCAGAUUUAGUGUUCGCCAAGUCUGAAGGUGUGCUGAGUGCUGAUUUCACUACAUGAGUUAUUGUUGGUGUUACUGAAGAAUGUACACCAAUGGUUCCAUGAAUAAUCUCCCAAGUCUGUCUGCAUUAUACUUGGUUAAGACUUGCAAGAGUGUCUUAUUGCCUCGUUGUUCCCAUUUCUUUCUAUGAGACUGAUAAUUUAGGACUCUUGGUAUGAGACCCAACUCUUCACCACGUGCAAGGAAGGCAUAGCGUGGAAGACUUUUCAUAGCAAUGCUAUACAACCAUUCAUGUAAUGACAGUAGGAAGUUAUUGGUUACAUGGAAGUCACUCAAGCUUUAGUCCAGUUCCAUCAACUCCUAAAGAAUGGUGUGGAUGAACAUAUAAUAAUAAUUAAUAAUUUAUUAUUUAUACACCCCCCCCAUCUGGCUGGAUUUCGCCAGCCACUCUGGGCGGCUCCCAACAGAACAUUAAAAACACGAUGAAACAUCAAACAUUAAAAACUUCCUUAAACAGGGCUGCCUUCAGAUGUCUUCUAAAAGUCAGAUAGUUGCUUAUUUCCUUGACAUCUGAUGGGAGGGCGUUCCACAGGGCGGGUGCCACUACCGAGAAGGCCCUCAUGAAUGAGUUGCAGUGAACUGUAGGCUGAGGCACUGCUCCCUCCUCCUUUUCAGACAAAAUAAGGAGAGAUAAAUCUUCCCCUUUCAUUGUAGAAUAAACCACAGUUUCACUUGGGGGCCACAUUAAAAAUUUGGGGACACUGGCUUAUUUUAACCAAAGUUAGUUUAAACAAACCGAGAUGUCAAAACUCUGGAUUAACUUCCUGGUUUGUUUCUCAGGUGUUUUUGUAUAUUAACAUUGAUCUGAGCUUUGUUCCAAAGUGUUUUCCCUGCUUCUCUUGCACGUGGAGGAGAAGCACACCAGGCUUGUCACAGUUCAUUCAGGAUGACCUAUGGUAAACCGCUUUGAGGUUUUCAGAAAUUAAGCAGCUGUUUUUAUUUAUUUAUUUCAAAAAAUGUAUAUAUUUAUUUAUUUCAUAAAAUGUAUAUACGGAUUUUUAAAACAAAAAAACUUUCAUGUCAGUUAUAGAAAUUCUGUUUAAACAAAUAAAUAGUUAAAUGAAGUGGAUUAGGCCAGUCUUCUCCAAUCUGGUGCUCUCCACACAUUUUGGACUACAACUUCCGUCAACCCCAGCCAGCAUGUAGUCCAAAACAGGGUGGGAAAGGCUUGUUUUAAGUAAUUGAACUGAGGCUUAAGAGACCUACACAGAUCCAGAGUAAUUAUUGAACUGCAUGGUGUAACUCUUGUUGGUAUCCAUCUGUCUCAAGAGACGGUGGAUUGUGCCUCUGGCGGUGAAGGGAAACUGCUGCAUUAAGAAGUGACCUUCGCAGGGCACAAUCCUGGGCAGUAUGUAUGGAGGUCCUGGGCUGCCCAGAUGACGUCCCUCCUUUCGAGCUCACUGAUACAGCCCAAAGGAAAGCAGAGCAAUACAUUUGGCACCAGUUUGGCUGCAGGAGUUGCCAGAAGGAGGCAUAUAAGGCACCAUCCAACCAUCUUAGGGAUUCCACUCUGGAUAUGUAUAGUGUUUAAUCCUUAGCUUUUCCCUUCUUGACGAUAUCCCGCAAGGCAGUGGAGAUAGUGUAAAUACAUACCAAAAUUUAAACGAGACAAAUCUCUCCUUUCUCUUUCUUAACCUUCUUUCACCUUCUCCCUGUUUUGUUUUCAUCCCUGUCUUCUUAGGGUUUGAACGCUCUUUUUGAUGCUGUGAUGAUUAACAAGCUCAAUAUUUUGGAAGUUCUUUUGAAGAUACUGCGCAAGGACAAGUCGCUGGAGGUGAUUCCAUUUAUAUAUUUAAAAGAGCUGCCGCUUUAACUUCAUACAGUUAGCAUUUAAGUGUUAGCGUCAAUACAUCUACAGCAGCAUGAAAGAGCAAGCUGUUCUUUGAUCUAGUAAGUGAGAUUAUUUGGAGGUCAAACACUAUGACAGAACAUUGCCUUCAAAAUGUGAGUGUUCAUGAUUUCAGCCCCAAUAAGCCUCAAUAUUGCAGAUCCUUUAACAUGACUUACUGCAACUGUUCUGUGGAGCACUGCUCUGAAUAUCAGAGGGAAUGCUACUAAAACUAGUUAAUCAUGUGGAUCAGAUUAACUCUUCUUAGAAUAACAAAAUUACAUCCUUUAAAAUCUCAUUUUCCAAUAGGGCAGACCUAGCAACUCUUGUCUUCCGAUCACAAUUCUGUUGUUUGUUUUGGAUUUUUUUUUUUAACAAUGAAUAUACAUUGUGCUUUGUGCCACCUUAAGAUGAGUAGGUGAUAUGUAGAUUUGUGUCCCUGUUUUGUGUGUGGGGUUUUUAAAAAAAUAUAAUGCAAAUAUAUAUAUUUUAAAAAUCGCCUUCCUGAACUUUUAAAGUCCCCUGGCUUGCUCACUUCCUUUCUGUAGCAGUAGCGUACAGAAUUUCCUCAGUCCUCACCCUAUGUAGUUCAGGCCUUACGGCAGGCAUAGGCAAACUUGACCCUCCAGAUGUUUUGGGACUACAACUCCCAUCAUCCCUAGCUAACAGGACCAGUGGUCAGGGAUGAUGGGAGUUGUAGUCCCAAAACAUCUGGAGGGCCGAGUUUGCCUAUGCCUGCCUUAUGGGAACCUUUGUUCCAGGCUUACUUUCAGGGGUCCAAACUUGAAUAAAAUAUUGGCCGGGGGGGGGUUUUAAGGUAAGCCCUGCCCCGCAUAAGAAACGGUGCAUGCACACCAUUUGAAUGGCAAUGCCCCUCAAAUAUUUUAUUGGGGAAGCUGAGUUGGCUCCUAUGGUCUCCUUUGUUUAGCUUCGUAUCUUUACUGUCUUCUGUUCUUGUAAGUCCAUACUUUUCAUUCCAUUUUAUCCUGCUUUUGACUGGCCACAAGUUGACCGACCAACACUUGCUUCUCUCUUCCUAAACCUCUUCCAGGCUACAACAUGCAUCUCUUUAAGUCCCUUAGAUUUUUCUUCCUGGUGCCCAUUCUUGUUAGCAUCUCUCCUGCCUUCUCUCCUUUUUUUCUCCCUCCUUUUUUUUUGGGGGGGGGGCUCAGUUUUUUAGCCAAAUGACUAUUCAAAUUUCCAAACCUCAGCCUCCUAAUGUAGCUCUUUCUCUCUAACGGCUUCUGUGAGAGCUUUCCCCAGCCAAAAGGGACCCCAAGGAUCAUCUAGUCCAACCCCCUGCAAUGUAGCUCAUUAAGCUAAAUGUUUUUUUUUUAAUUAAAAAAAACUCUGCUGAAAAUUAAAGCGUUCAUUUGACAUUUUACCGCAGAAUUUGAAACUCUAGUGUUAGCAGUCUCCUUUGAUUGUUUUUGGUGUUUAGCAAUUGUCAACUGCUGUGAGCUGCUGCCAAAUCUCAUAUUACAUUGCGUAUCCACUGUACAAAAUAAAACAGGGUGUUGGUUAUUUAUUUGUUAGUGUUGCAUGUCAUCUGUCAAAUACAGUGAAAUGCUAAAUACAGUUACAUGUGGUUGUUGAGUAAGAAAUGCUAUGUCAUGGUGGCUGUUCCAUACUUUAAAUAACUAUUGCCACCAUGAUAAAUUCUAAAUUUUAUAAAUUCAGGGUGGUUAAAGCAGUGAGAGUACUCUUGUGCCUGAUGUAACAAAUAAAAUAUAUACAGAUUCUUUUUAAAAACUUGCUGUUUCGCAUGCCUGAUCAAAAGCUUUGAUAAUACUAUGCAUCUUCUUUCCCUUUGCAACCAACUCCAAACGUGCCUACUUGGAAGCAAACCCCAUUGAUUUCAGUGGGGCAUAUUUCCAAGUCAGUAUGCUGAAGAUUGGUGCCUAUGUUUUAUUGUAAAUCUUUAUGGUGUAGAUGAACCAGAGCAAACAGCAAGUUUAUUUAUUAGACUUUCAUGUUCUUGCAGUUCCCUGUUGUGUCUGUAAUACUGCAAGGUAGGAUACUAAUAAUAUGAGGAUAUGCUGAAGAAUUUCAUAUCUGUACCCUAUACUAGUAACUGGCAGUGUUGCUAUAACGACAGUUGCCUCACAAACUUUUAUGUUGCUAUCAUGUGGCUCACAGUUGUUGAACUUAAUUUGGGCCAGGAUUCAAAUGGGACCACCAUUGAUUCUCAUAUGCAGGCUUCUUCCUGCAGUUUUCCAAACAUGAAUAAAAAUAAAUAUGAAGCUGAGGAGAGGCUUUGAGACCUAUCUAUUUUCUUCAGAAAUCCUGGAUUACUUGGGCACAGAAUGUUGUUUUUCUUCUUGGUUCAUCUAUUUCCACUGCUGGCAUAAACUGUCUGUCUUCUCACGAUCCUGGAUAGGCGCAUCAAAGUCUUAAAUCUUAGUCCACUGGGUAAGGGUGGCAGAAUGGCAACAGGGGAAAGCUGGCUUCUGAGAUUGCCCACAUUGGUUUUACCCUUCUUUCGCAGCAAGUGGGACUCAAGAUUUACUUUAUCUUUAAAAGCCAGGAUACUUACUAAAACCCUUUGAGCCAGAUGGGAUGGGGUCAUUAAUUGGAUGGAGGUACCUCUUCACCCAGCCCUCUAGCCUCUGCAUGCCAAGUGACACCAGUGCCGUUUCUGGCGGCACAAAAGUUCCCAUGUUCUGUGGGAAUGUUCUGGGGUGCAGGAGAGGAUAUAUUGACUAAUUAUAUCCUUAUCCAACUUGUGCUAACAAGUUCCCAAAAUAUCAGCAGAGUUUAUAAACAUUCCCCUUUAAGUUCGCAGCGGAAGCGUGCUGGGCCCAUAACCCUUUGUGGGAAUGUUCUGGGGUGCAGGAGAGGAUAUAUUGACUAAUUAUAUCCUUAUCCAACUUGUGCUAACAAGUUCCCAAAAUAUCAGCAGAGUUUAUAAACAUUCCCUUUCAGUUCGCAACGGUAACGUGUGCACAGGUUCGCUAGAACCUCUAUAAUAAUUACUCUGGUAAUUUCCCCUUUGUUCCCUCUUAAAAUACAAGACAUGACACAGUCUUUAUAAAAGUAUAAAAGAGUUUACUCACGUUCUGUUCACAAUAUGAUCCCAGAAGGCAGACAGCUUAAAAAGGUUACAUACAUUCAGAAUCUAUCUUGUAGCAAGAUAGUCCUUAUCUCCUCUCUUGGCUGGGAGCCAAGAGAGCACCCUUAGAUGUUUCCUCAUCGAAAGAAAAUGGCAGAGAGAGAGAGAUGGCUGCCUGCCCUGUGCUUUUGUCAUUACCUGCACAGGUGAGGCCACACCCACCUCUGGUCACAUGCGGAGGAAGUCCGUCCCCAGGAAGUUUACCUGCUUGCUGGACAGACAUCCCUCCCCAUGUUCUAACAUGUACACUCUAGGAAUGUUGUCAUUGACUGCUCCUGUGUUUACAUCCCACAUGUUCUACUCACUGAAUGUGCCAGUAGGCAGAAAUGUAACUGGUGGGAUCCCCGUUAGCAGCAGCCUCAUAAAAGAGAAUAGAGGGGCAGUGGCGGAAUUGGGCUUGAUUAUUACACCAGCUCCAGGCUACUGCAUCAAUUUGCCUCCUCCUGCUUCUACCCCAUUAAGCACCACCAGGCAGCACCUAAGUCCAUGUACUGUAUAUCCCACCUUUCUUCCAAGGAGCUGCGUGUGGUUUUCUCCACACACCCCAAAACCACUUUAUGAGGUAAGUUAGACUAAGAGACUGGCCUGAGGUGGUGACCCAGUGAGCUUCAGGGCAGCAUAGGUCUUUGAACUUGUGUCCAACACUCUUAACCACUGCACCACACUGACUGCUGUGGCUUUUCUGCACUUCUGUGGAAAAUGGAAUAUAAAUGCAGCGCAGGGCUGCUUGCACAAUUCGCUCCAUGCUUGGCAGUCUUUGUUGGCAGCGUUGUAUUGUCUGUACUCUGUCUCGCCUGUAUGGGGAUAUGAUGUCUUUAAUAGUGGGAUGGCUUCACUCACCAUUAAAUCACUGUAGUACAAUACAGCAACCAAACUUUUUUCUACCAUGUGUCUGUUACAAGCGCAGGAGCCCUUAUUAUUACUAUCAUCAUUAUCAUUAAUUGGGUCAGUAGAUGGCAAAGUUAGAGAAGCAUUAGUACUACCUCCCCUCUCCCCCACUACACAUUUUCUGUUACACCCAUCUGUCUGAAUUUGCAGUUUUUAAAAGGGAAAAGUUGUGAUGACCUGAGCUUUUCCUUUUCUUCUGCUCUUCCUCUCUAGAGCCUAGUGGUGUUUAGAAAAGGACUUCUGUUCAGGAUGACUCUUCUGUUAUCUGGAGGAGCCACCAUGCUGUAUGUGCGCUGGAGGAUUAUGGGCACAGGACCACCGGCGUUUACUGAAGUGGAUAACCCAGCUUCAUUCGCAGACAGUAUAUUUGUGAGGGUAAGUGGCAAAGGCAUUGCUUUUCAGUGAGCUAACAAAUUAAGGACUAAAAAAUAAAGCAGAGGAGCCAUGUGUCAUUUCCAGAACAACUGCUUUGUACGUAGCAAGUUCUCCCAUUCAGUUCCUGGCAACUCCCAAGGGAGGAACGAACAUGACUCUUGACCUUUGUACAGUGGGUUACAUUCCAGCCAUGCAAAAGGCAGAGGUACACACACACACACACACACACACGUCCAUCUCCCUUCCAAGCUCAUGAGGCAUUACCCCAGUUCAAGGUGCUCUCAUUCCAGCAAGGCAAAAGCACCCAAGGAGGGUGUCACCCUCUCUCCAGGGUCAGAAGCAGAUUUUGGGUAGUGCAAGUAGUGUGGUCACACUGGGCACACAGCCAAGGAGGGCACCUUCUCAAAGCCCAGUGAAUGCUAACCUGGCUUUGGGAAGGAGGUGUGAGGUCUCUGACAGGGUCCUAGAUAGUGAUGUGCGGUGAAAUUUUUCAUAGGGGAAAAGUUAGGACCAGAGGACUAGCUUGUGAAGGUGAUUGUGUGUGGUAUGUUGCGACGUUGUGCGUGUGAGCGUCGUUCCUUCCUGCCUAAGCCAGGCAGAAGCUUCCUGGGGCCAGAGGUGCCAGGGGAACAUUUAAGGGACUAGCCUAGUCCCCUGAAGCCACUGGCUGCACGCCACUGGUCCUAGAAUCCUCCAGCCUCCUUCCCAAGCCAGACAAGUGUUUACUGGGCUUCGAAAAGAAGGUAGGAGGGCUGUGGGACCCUGUCAGAGCCUCGUGCCUCUUGCCCAAAGCCCAGCUUAAGCCGGCACCACAAGGGGGGCAUAUUACCAAGGUCUCCCCACUCCUUUUUUUUUAAAAAAAAAUUAAUGCUCACCUAUGGAUCAGGGGAUUUUUUUUGUUUUGGAAAUGUCUAAUGGCUCUGCUGGAUCUACCACACUCUGGUUAGAUUAAUGAUACGGAACUGUCUUGAUCUGAGUAGCCGUAGUUUUUCAGUCACAUAUGUUCUCUAUGCUUUGACCUCUGGAGCUGCGUAAGGCAGAGCCCACUGUUGGGUGCAGAAGCCAAAGAACUUUGAGCAAAAGCCAGAAGUGGGAUAUUGCCAGUAGCACACACUGGAUUGUAACCAUACAAGCCUUCCUAGAAAAGAAGAUUCUUUUGGGCAGCCAAAUUUGUAGAGUGGAGAACAGGGGACAGCAGAACAUGCAAUUACACUGAGAUAACGUUAAUUAACUUACAUUUGAUUAGGCUAGAGUCUUGGAGCCAAUAGGUGUUUUAUCUGAUAAACAGUUUUGUUAAAGAGGAGGCUUAAAUAAAAACUAGGCAAUCUGAAAAAGUAGUAGUGAUUUUACCCCCUUCCCCCCUUCCUAACAGCCUCUUAAAGUUCAGUAUGAAGUAAAUGUUUGUUUUUCCUUUGACUGACAGGCUAUAAACUAUAAUUACUACUAUUCGUUGAAUGCAUGGUUGCUGCUGUGUCCCUGGUGGCUGUGUUUUGAUUGGUCAAUGGGCUGCGUGCCCCUUAUUAAAUCAGUCAGUGACUGGAGAAUAAUUGCACUAGCAGUUCUUUGGUUCUGCCUAAUUGCUCUGAUGUGCCAAGCCUUGUGCUCUGAAGACAGCCAGAAGAGAAGGUAAACGACAUUAUUGAAUUUUAAAUUUCUAAUUGGGUUUUCUUAUUUCCAACACUCUUCAUCUUCCUCCUCUUCCUUUUUUAAAAAAAUAACAACAAAUCAGUGGAAUCAAUAUACCUUGGCAAACCCAGUUCAAAUAAAUAUUUAUAGCUCCAACUUGCAUUCUCUUCCCAAUUUGGCUCCAUCAUUUUUUUACACUGACUAUGGGGAGGCAAACUUGUAAAAGGGAGGUACGGAUGGCUGCUUUAUGUUCUUUCUGAAAUGGCAUUUUCAGAUCCUUAACUCUGUAGGGGGUAAAAAGUAAUUUGUGGUCAGAAUAAAGUGUAAUUGAAGUAUGUUGUUUUCCUUCGCCUCUUUCCACAAUGUUUCUUUUGUUAAUAAUAAUAAUAAUAAAAGCCUUAAGAAAAAAACUUUUAGGAAAAAAAUGGUUCUGGUUGUUGAUUAAAAAAAUAAAAUGCUGUCCCAGAGUGAUUACUCUUCAUCAGUAAACAGUCAUAGAGAAAAUAAUAUGGGGUGGGCUAGGGGAACCCCUGUCGUUUUACAGAAAUGAAAGUUGCUUUAAGAGGAUGAAACAAUAUUUUUUGAGAAGAUAUUACAGGUGUUGUUCUGGUGUUCUUGAACCAAACAUUUAAUCCUUUUAAUUGGCAAAACUGCACCUUGUUCAAAUUGGCCUUUUAUUCCUUCACAAGGAUUCUUGCUAAUCUUGAUCCAGCUUUUCCCUUUAAAAAUAAAUAAAAACAAAUGACCUAAUAGUGCUUUUGAGUCUUAAUAGCAGUUCAUGUGCAUUAUUUCCAUACUUUUACAAUAGUCCUGCAAGGUAGUAUUCAUUCCUGCGAAAUAGCGGCUUGCCUAAGGUGUGAGCUUUGAACCAGCAGUCUCACAGCUUGCGCUCUUAACCCCUGGGCCGGCUGCCAUCUUUUUGGUUUGCGUACAACACAUAGAUGUGAGUACAUUUUGCAUUUUUGCUUCAGGAAUUUUUCCCUUAAGAUACUUUGGAUCCCCUGCCCCCUCAUUUUCCUUGGCAGAUCCUUAAAAGUUUCUUUUUGUUUGUAUGCUAAUAUUUGGAUGAUAAACUAUCAAAAUAUUUUCUUCCAUACAUGUGUUCCUGGAUGAUAUCCAGAACGCACAAACACAACCGUAUCCUGGAAUCACAGAAAGGAGACCUGACAUAAACAGGGAUUUUUGCAGUUAUUUUUUUUUUUUUAUAAUUAAUAUUUAUUGAAUUUUCAAAGAAUAACAACAAAAAUUUCCAAAAAUAAAAAAAAAAAAAAUUUUAGGAUACAAAAAACAAAAUUAGUGCAUAAACCAAAAAAGAAAAGAAAACCCAGCCGCAAAGAAAAAAAAAGAGAAACAGAAAAACAAAAAUAUUAAGUCCUUUACAAUCUCUAUUGACUUCCUUUCUAGACUUCCUCCUCCUCCCCUCUUUUGUUUCUUAAUUUUUAAUUUUUACAGCAAAUCCUUUCUGUUUUUUCAUAACAAUCUGUCAUUACUUUUCCUUAUUCUAUUUUCCCUCUUGUCUUAUAAAAACUUUAAAACUCAUAGCUUAUAUUCAAUAUUUACCAAAUUCUUGCAUCAUUACCUUUUUACGAAUCAUUUACCAAUCCUUACUUAAGUCAUGUAAUUUCAUUCAACAUCCUUCAAACAUUUAUAAGCAUUCCCAAUAUUAAAAAGUAGAAAAAAAAAAAAUAAUAAGUCAAAUUUAGUCCAGUCAGCUUCCAACCUCCCCUCCCCUGGACCCGGGAUUGUCAGUCCUUUUAACCUCGGUAAUCCGGCUCUUAACCUGGUUGUCUCGUAUCCGAGGCCCUCAAGUCUCUUUCUUGCCCCUUUCGCCACUCUUGUUGAUGAUUCCUUUCCAGUCGUGGAUGCUCCAGCAAGAAAAUGCUUUUGACCCUUUGCAACAAGUCCAUCCCAAACCCAUUGCCCAAGCCAGACAGCAAAUAAUACCACUUCAAAUUUCCACAAAGCUUGGAGACUUCGGCUACUCCAAUCCUCUGAUAGCCCAUCACCAGACUCGGAAGGUCCAAAUAACCAUAUGGAGGGGUCGAUCCAUCCCCCCAUUUCCAAAUCUAACCACAUUUCAUCUUUCCGAAUCUGGUUUGUCCCAAGUUCAUUUAUCAAGUUCAAAGGCUGAUCUUGCCCGUCCAAAGGUCCCUCCAUCUCUGAAGCUUCCGUCACUACAGCAGGUUCGUAUACUUGUAUAGCCUUUAACUGAAUUUCAUUUGUUUGCUGCUGUGCUCUGGUAACUUCCAUCCUCAAGGUCGUCUCCUGACGCAUCUGGUCCAGCUGGGCACUUAGUUUUGAAAAACCUUCCAGGAACAAUUGUUCCAGCCUUUGUACUAGCAUUGUCCUUCAAGGUCAAAAAAAAAAAAUUCUUUCCCACGAGAAUAGUCCAAUAGUCCUUCUCUUUUAAUCUCUCUGCGUUGCAAUUUCACUAAAUUCCACUAGAUGGAAUUUUUUUUUUUAAAAAGAAUAAAAGCAACAGCAACAAUCUUUCUUUUUCCAGAGACACUUUAUCCAAAAUUCCCCCUUCCAAAUUCAAGAGGCAACAGUAGAAUCAAAAUGUUACCCUUCUUUUAACUAACUGUCGAGCUGGAUAAACUUCAGAACGUCAAUUCUGACAGCCCGCUCCUGGUUCAGGGCGGUGGAAAAUUGCUUUAUUUUAAACUCACUUCCGCAGGAUUGAAAAGUCCAAAUACAACCCCCUUUUUCUCCUGCUGUCAAAGGGGGGGUUCAGAAUCUUAGAUGUUGAAUUCUAGUUCUCUUAAAAUUUAAUUUUCAGGCUUUAGUAUAUUUUGUCUUUGCUUUCUUCACAUAACAAAAGAACAGAAGGCGACUUCCUGUUUAGACCUUCCCAUUCCGAGUCCCAAUUAAGUUCAAUUUCAAGUCCAAUAUUAUUUAUUUAUUCACCAGUCUUAAAAGUGGUUCAGCUCUUCCAAGAUCAGGUACUCACGGAUAGAUGUUUUAGAUGCCAAAUUGUCCAGGAAAAGGCAGCGCUCUCCGAUAACGGCAGUGCGGCUUUGCUGCACGGAGGAAGCAGACGACUCACAGCACCACGCACCUCCCACUCCGGAGCCCGUUACCGGGCUCCUGUACAAGGGGAGAGAGCGCUCUCGGUGCCCGCCGAGUCCCACGUUCAGAGGCUUCUUCCGCCUGUGGUUUUUGCGGGUCCCCGCUGCGCCGUAGCGGCAGGACCCAAGCCUCCAUGCAGCGGGUUCCCUUCAGUCCGAAGGGAAUUCCGCCAUUUUCCGGAGGCGCCACCCCGGAAGUCGGGAUUUUUGCAGUUAAUCAUUUGUGCUUGUGUAUAGUGGGGGGAAAGGAAAGCAAAUACACAUGAUCUGUGGUAAACCAUAAAGUAGGAAGAACUCUUGGGCCCAGUGAUACCAGUGGUAAAAAAGUAAUUAUAUUGUAGAGACAUUUUGCUAAAAACUAGACCCUGAUGCCACAAGGAAAUACUUUGUGUCUGUUAGUGUUUCUCAUUAUACAUACUAAAUAUCAGGAGAAUCUAAAAAACAGCUGUAACUUGUUGCCCUUAUGACAGAAGUGGGGAUUAAAUCUACAGGCAUGGGGGCUUCUCUAGAGUGCAUUAAACCUACCAAAUCGCAGGCGGGUAGUUCCAGGGGGUCUUGUGCAAGAAAACUUUUUAAAAUGUGACAUUUUAAACAAAGAAAAGGUCAAUAACACUUUUUUUUUUUCCAGAAAUGGACUAAAACCAGCAAAUCCAUAUUGGCUUCAUAAUUUUGAGGAGGGAGUGGGGGGUUGCCUCUCUUGAUUACCUUAAAAUAACUUUUAUUAGCAGCUUCAUAGCAGCUGGCUUAACUUUCUUGUGCUUGUGUCCUCCUAUAGAUAGACAUUACAAGGUGCAAGUGUUCAGAAUAGUGCCUGUGGAGCGCUGAAGCACUCGAGAGGAUUCCCACCCCUCGCCCAAGCGAAACAGUGGUCUUAAAAAAAAAAAAAAAGAUAAAUGAAGCAUCUUACUUAAAAUAAUUAAAAUCUUCAGCUGCUCUGCUUCCAACAACAACAAAAUCACCCAGAGCACUUUAGUGAUUCACAGAUAGCAUUCUGAACAUCUUGCCUUUUGCAAAGCCCAUGGACCUAGGGAAACAUAUGGGUAUGGAGGGAAACAUAGAAAUAUAGUUUACGCAAAGUAUAGUACAAAAAUUAUAGAGCAGCAGAGCAACAUGAGGUCUUGUGGGGGGAGUGACUGGGUGCUUUGGUGACCCUGUGGUCCAGCUCAGGGAGUGGUGAAAUCACCCCAGUUCACCUCAUUAUUGAGCCCCAGCAAAGAGCUGCUAUACACCCCUACUAAAUACUCCCCUUCCCAUUUAGGUAACCCCUUCAAAACAAGGGCUUCCCAUGCAUAUUUAGAAUGUCUAGAUUGAGUACAUUAUGUUAAACUUUGGAUCACCAAACUAUUACAUGGCAAGCACACGGACAUCAUUAACACAACUGAUUGCUUGGAGUCUUUUCCAACAUGACCUUUAAUGAUACGAGAUCUUCCACUGAGUAGUUCCUUCCCACCCUGCUUAGUAACAUCAGAAAUCUCCAGGUUUCCCCACAGAGGAGCCCAUGCAGCAGUUCCUUCAUGCAACAGCAUUACCAUUCCUGGGAAGAUAUUGGUAUAGAAAAGAGCCAUGGCAUGAAUUUUUCCCAUAUGAUACCGUAUUUCUGAUGUCACUGAAUGGAAUUUGGCAUGGAUUCUAAAGAUUCCAUGCUAAAAAGACAGAAUUCAAUUAGAUUCUUUGAAACCCCAGCUUUUUACAUGCAGAUACUAAGUUGUAGCAUAAAAAUAUCAUAAGAAGUCAUGAUUGCGUUGUUCAUCCUGUAACUUACUUUCUGCCUUCCAGAAUCCUGACAUUGGGUUUGGGGUUUCUCAUCAUCCCUUUCCUUCCUGCAAGUAAUCUGUUCUUUCGAGUUGGAUUUGUUGUUGCAGAAAGAGUAACCUACCUCCCGAGUAUUGGCUAUUGCAUGCUGAUUACAUACGGAUUCAGUCUAUUGAGCAGACAAGCUAAAAAAAAGGUACUAACAAAAGGAUCCAUAUAACUGACAAAAGGUACACACACACACACAGCUUUAAAUGUGGUUCCUAACAUGUGUUUCUUCUCUCCAAGAAAUUUCUUGUUGCUGCUCUGCUGGGCCUCUUGUUGGUAAAUGUGUGGCGUUGCGUUAUCCGCAGUAACCAGUGGAGAUCUGAAGAACAACUUUUUAGGAGUGCUUUGUCUGUGUGUCCACUGAAUGCAAAAGUAAGUUUUGGAGUAAUAUGCAUUAGCCAUAUGCAUUGCACUCUGUAAAGGCAAAUCCCUAUUUUGAAGUAAAAAUUGAACAAAUGUAAAGGAAAUUAAAAAUCUGAAAGUGUUUUCAUUUAAGUCAUUCCCCACACCACCAAGUAAGUUCAAAAACUAUUUUUUGUUCCUCUGUCAUUUGGAUCUAAAAUGUAGCUACAUCCCUGUGGUACGUUUCUGUGUGCCUUUCCCAUCCUUUAGAGCAUUGGUCUUCAACUCGGGAGCUACUACCAGGUUGCAGCCUGAUGCAAGGUAGGUUGCAACCGCAACACUACCGCCAUACAAACAUAAGAAAGAAAGAAAGAGAAACAGGUCCCCAAACAAUCUUUAGUUAAAGGUGGGUCCUGGGUCCGAAAAGGCUGGUGAAUACUAAUUCAGAUCAGGGGCGGAGGAAGGGGGUGCAGUCGGUGUGGGCCAUCCCAGGUGUCACCUCUGAGGGAGGUGACAAAAUGCUGGGCGGAAUUCACUGCGGGGCCUGCAGUAUGUCCAAGCCACACAGGCAGGCUGCCUCCCCCCCACUAGCUGUAGGGUGGCUGAGUGGGAGGAGGCAGGCAGAUUCAGGAGCCUCGCGGUGUGCCCUGCCCUCGCCCCACCCCUAUGGGCGCGCAACCCCAGGUGCCUGAGCGGCUUCCUCCGCCGCUGAUUCAGAUCCCUGAUUCAGUGUUGAGUGCCAGGUUACCUGGUCUUAAUUUAAGUGGUCAUAUGCUGGUUUGCAGCCCAGGUUUCCAAGCUGGGCUUAAAGGAAUGGCAAUUGAAGAAAUCACACUGCUUUGCUUAACUCCCAGGCAAAACUAUCAGUCCCAGUAAAGAUGCAACCUUAAAAGUUAUCCCACACAGAGGAUUUCUUUUACCGUGGCGUUUAAUGGCGGGAAUGAGCAUAAGAGGAUCACAGACAAUUCAAGAUCUGUAUUGUUCUUUGCAUGCAUAAUGCUGCUCUGGAAAUCAGGUCAAUCCCUGCUUUUAUGCAUUAUUAAAAGCAGUUGUGGGAUAUAAAAUAGUAAGCAAUAUAAAAUAGUAAGCAAUAGUAAGCAACUUUGAUGCCUAGCAUCAAAGUUGAAUUGGUUCAUGAAUGAGCUUGGCAAUCCAUAUCCUUUUCUCAGUCCGAAUCUGUUUCUCAGGGCUUAGCUUAUGCAGAAAAGUUAAAACACCUGAACUAGAAAUUUUCUAGCCUAUGCUUUAUUCUAAAAGGUGGUGGUGAUGAUUCAUUGAAUUUAUGUCCCACAUUUCCUACUGAAAGUUAGCAAAAGGCAGUUUACUGUGUUUGGUGAGCCAAAAAAAGUACACAAAAUCUGAAGUUUAAGACCCAAAGCAAACAAAAUGUUCAGUAUCACCAGUAUUUGCAGCCAAUUUUGAAAAACCUGUAGGGCACUUACAAAGAAUUGGGAUUGCAUGCUACAGAUUUCCAUCUCUCUUAUAAACUGAUUUCCCUAGGGUUCCUUAGGGAGACAGAACGGAGGAACUAUAAUAGUUCAAUAUAUGGCUGUUGUGUACAGCAUUUGUUUUCCAAGAGCGGUAAUCUUUGUGGAUCUAGGGAACACAUUGUCCCUGAUUGGUUUGGGAGUGGGCAGGAGCUGUCUAGCCCACUUAUUCAGGAGGAAUAAGGGCAUGCAGACAGGAGGACUGUAUUGGCUCUGUCACUGCCCAUGCAGACAGAACAGCACUGCUGCAGCUCCACCCCAUGGUUGAACCAUUCCUUUUUGUCACACAACAAAAUGCAGCUAUACCUCUCCCGCACUCUGUGGUACACAGUGUUUUACACAUCCUUAUUGUAGAAUGCUUGUAAAAGAUGUAACUAGACCUCUGGCUUCUGUUUCCUCAAUUGUGAAUAUGGCAGUUUCCUUUUUGUUUUUAUUCUGAAAACAUAAGGUCUAUUUGGAGUUGGAUAUACUGUAUGGUGGCGUGCAUGUUUGUGGAAUGAUGUCCCUGGGAGGUUCAGCAGGUGCCUUCAUUAUACACCUUUAGGCGCCAAGCAAAAACAUUUUUCUUCAACCAGGCCUUUGGCUUGUUGUAUCUGAUACCCUUUCAAACAUGUUGUGAGAGGAGAUCAGCAGUUUAUUUAUUUAUUGAAUUUAUUAUUGGUUUGUUUUUGUUCUUUUAUUAUGCAUUUUGGGGUUUUUUAAUUUUAUAUUUUUAUGUUGUGAACUGCUCUGAGAUAAACAGAUGGAGGGCUGUAUACAAAUAAAAUAAAAGUAUACCCUUCUUUCACAUUGUGUUUCAAGGUGCUCUUGGCAGGGAAAAGUGAUUCAUUAGUUGCCAUCGUGUAACCAAUGGCUUUGUUACACUUGUUUGGCAGUGGGAAUGGUAUUUGCUGGUGAGUAAAAAUAGAUUACGGUGUUGGAGGAGACUCUUGAGUGUCCCAUGGACUGCAAGAAAAUCAAACAUGUCCAUUCUUAAGGAAAUCAGCCCUGAGUGCUCACUGGAAGGACAGAUCCUGAAGCUGAGGUUCCAGUACUUUGGCCCCCUCAUGAGAAGAAAAGACUCCCUGGAAAAGACCCUGAUGCUGGGAAAGAUGGAGGGCACAAGGAGAAGGGGACGACAGAGGACGAAAUGGUUGGACAGUGUUCUCGAAGCUACAAACAUGAGCCUGACCAAACUGCGGGAGGCAGUGGAAGACAGGAGUGCCUGGCGUGCUCUGGUCCAUGGGGUCACAAAGAGUCGGACACAACUAAACGACUAAACAACAACAACAAAAAUAGAUUGAUCUGGCCUUAGCUGGUAUACAAACAUGUUGGGAUGCCUAGACUACUUGGCUCGGAAUGCUGCUGCCACAACCAACAAAAGUAUACUCCUUCCCUCUUCUGUGGCUAAUGUCAGCAUGCUAAGCGAAGGCAUAGGCACCAACACUGGUUAAUACCAUUAAUCUAUGAUGCUGAAGUAGGCAUAGGCCCAGUACAAGGAGAGGCAGGUUUCUACGUCAUUUUGGGCCUGCUGUGGACUCAAUUGCAUGCCCCCCCCCCCCAAAUCUAAAAGAGUUCUUCCAGAAACCUGCAGGGCUGAAAUUUGCAGAGUCAGCAGAAGAUCAAGUAGUUCAAAUAUGUUCUUUGCUGACCUACAACUUUCUGUAAAUAUUUGUGUUGGAAAUUUAAAAAACACAUUCAACCAAAACAUAGAACCAAUAGGCAUGAAUUUUCAGUUGGAUAAAUGUUUGGUGAACUUCAAAGUUGCUGAAGACUUGCAUUUUCACUGGGAUGUUUGUUCUCUGAUUAUUAUUUUCUUCUCUCUAAUUCUUGUGUCAUAUUCUCUUCAGCUACAUUUUUUAUUUUUCCUGGCAGCUGUUGAUGCUAUUUGAACAUACCAUGACUGUGUUAAAAGCCUAAUGGAGUCCCUGCUAUAUAUCCUACCUCAUACUAUCACUGUGUAAGGAAAGAGAUAACAUUGUAGGCCCACCCAAACAAUGUUGAGCCUGGCCCUGAACUUCAGAGGCUUGACUCAGCAUCAGCUUUGGGAAAGGGGGUCAAAGCACAAAUGUAGUUUUUAUUUCAAGCCAUCCCCUUCUUGAAGCUUGACACAUCACUGUAAAUUAUGCAUAUUAUUCAAAGAAGGUUGCACUUACCUUGACCUGUGGUAUAUAUAAACAAAAGAAAGACGCUUUGUUAAACCAUAAAUCUAUUUUCAAAAUUGCAGUUGCAGAGAUAAAUGCUGCAUUAUUAGUAUCUAAGAGUAAUAAAUGUAUGGAACAAUUAAUACAUUUCUGGCCUUUACUUUCAGGUUCAUUAUAACGUUGGCAAAAACCUGGCUGAUAAAGGCAACCAAACAGCUGCAAUCAACUAUUACAGGGAAGCUGUCAGGUAUGUGCCAGUUUACUGUUUAAAAGAGGAACAGGGAAGUGUCCCACAAUGAAUGCAAACAAACUGUGAAAAAGACUCUAUGAACUGAAAGUGGAGACACUAUAUGCACUUUUCCUUUUUUUCAUUUGUUUGUUACACAAGAAAAUCUUUAAUAAAAACUGAAUUAAAAGAGGAACAGGGGGAAAAUAUUCACAAUAUAGCAUUUAUUGGCACUGUUUAAAAUAAAUUAAUUUUAUUUGAAUUAUUCAAAAGAGAAUUUAAUCCAUGGGGGGCGGGGAAUGAAUGUAGCUUAGAACACUAUGGUUAGGAAAAUGUACACAGUGUGAGUAAAAAUGUUGGCGAUGUAACACAGGAAAGAAUUGUGAAGUGGUCCCAUCCCAAUCCAGAUUUGGGUAGUUGCUGAAAAAGUAGAAAAUACGAUAUUUCAAUCCAAUAUUUUUGUUGUUAGGAGAUACAUACUACAGUGUGUGCACACAGACACACUCAUAUAUCAUAUAUCUCGUAUCCUAAAUACACAGAUUAAGGGGUGCAAUCCGAUCAUAGUGGCAAGUAUGACUACUGUGUAUUGGAAGUCAUGUGAAAUUCCAGAAUUAGCAAGCCAAAAGAAAAUUAGGUAGUACAAACCUAACAAAAUUAAGUAUGGGCACAUGAAUGAAGGCAAUAAAAGGGAUGACAUGUGUUUGUAGAAAAAUGAAUAAAGGAGACAUGUAUUCCUGUUGUUGUUGUUUUUAAAUUUAAAGCAAGAUAAUGAUGCCUGGGUAAUAGCACUAUAAUAAUAAUAAUAAUAAUAAUUUAUUACGGCCGUAGGCCCAUACAGAUAAAAACAAGACAUAAAUAACAGCCUGUGCACAUGGGAAAAAAACAGCCGCUAAAACAAUACUAUAACAAUAAGCUACUAUAAGAUGGAAUGGCAUACUACGCCUUAAUUAGCUUGUGGUGCUCCUUGGCGACGCUUUGGGUAAGGACAGCGACCAGGAACCUAGCCACUUUCAGGGUCGUAUGGGCAUCCUUAUCCUGCAAGAUUUGGGCAAGGUGGAAUUUUGGUGGAGUACCCUCUAAUUUCUGUAUGAUUGAUCCCAACAAGUUUGCCCGUGGCACCUUAAAUAAGGGGCAAUAGCACUAUCCUCUGCAUGUGCUCAACAUGUUCUGCAGGCAAGCACCACUGAUAGCAAAGCCAUCCUAGCAAUGAAGCUACAAUAUAGUUGUUUCUUUCUGCAUCACGUUCUAGAAAGGGCACCAUUUCCUGUCUCUCCUUUUAAAUAAAUCACUGUAGUCUAGAUAAGAUUGGUGAUGGUGAUUUAAUAUAUGAUUAAGGGGUAAAUUUCCUAUGUUUGGUCAGGUUGAGAUUCAAAUAAUAGGUGGAGUCUCAUGAGUUGGUGGCUAUAUACAGUGAGGGGGGAAAGUAUUUGAUCGCCUGCUAAAUUUGCCCGUUUGCCCUCUGACGAAGAAAUGACCAGUCCAUAAUUUUAAUGGUAGGUUUAUUGUAGCUGUGAGAGACAGAAUAACAACAGGAAAAGCCCCAGAAACCCAGAAGAAAAAAGUCAGAGAUUGAUGUGCAUUAUAAUGAGUGAAAUAAGUAUUUGAUCCCCUAUCAACCAGCCAGAUGUCAAGCUACCUGGUAUCUUCACUGUAUGUAACAAGCUGAGAUUAGAAGCACCUGCUGUAAGGGAGAGGUCUUACCUGUAAUCCCAGCUCGUUACAGUACCUGUACAAAAGACACCUGUCGACAGAAGCAAUCAAUCCAGCAGAUUUCAUUUACUGUAGUGUAAAUGAAAAAAAAUGAGUCAAGCUGCCUUUUUCCAAUGAGUAAUUAUUUCCCCCCUUUUACAUACCCAGAUUGAAUCCUAAAUAUGUGCACGCUAUGAACAACCUGGGAAAUAUCUUGAAAGAAAGGAAUGAACUCCAUGAAGCUGAAGAGCUGCUGUCAUUAGCUGUACAAAUACAGUACGUUUUUAAAUACACAAUUCCAGUUGUUGUUGCAGAGCAUAUAAAAGGAGUGCUGUGUCCUGUCCUAUAUACUAAAUGUAUCCAACAAUUCUGCCUAGGCCUGAUUUUGCAGCGGCAUGGAUGAAUCUGGGAAUAGUGCAGAAUAGCUUAAGAAGGUAUGGAGAAGCAGAGCAAAGCUACUGGACUGCAAUUAGACACCGAAAAAAAUACCCAGAUUGUUACUAUAAUUUAGGACGUUUGGUAAGUGUACUGCAUUACAUGUGUGCUAAUGACAGCAAGAGGCUAAGAUGAAAUGUCGCCUCGGUGGCGAACUUAAGCAUACUUCCUAGAUGUUAACAGUGUGGUUAAACAGCAGUACUUUGGCCCUGCACUCCAGCCCAUAGCAGACCAUCUGCUUUGCAUGCAAAAGGUCCCAGGUUCAAUCCCCAAGUUGGGGUGGGAGAGACUCCUGCUUGCAACCCUGAAAGCCUCUGCCGGUCAGUGUGUGCAAUACUGAGCAAGAUGGACCAACUCCGUAUAAGGCAGUUUCCUAUGUUCCUGUGUGUUGUUCCUACGGUAUCAGUGGGCGAGACCUUUCACUGCAGAUUGCCUUUCGUGGCUUUGACCAUUAUAAAUUGUUUUCAAGAGCUUGUCCCCAAAAUAUAGCACUACUCACUAUUUUUUUUUUAAUAUAUACAUGGUGGUUGUUUUUUGCAUAAAGUAAUAUAAGCAGGAAUGGGACAAGAACAGGGGAGGAACUUGAGCAUUGAUCUAAUUUAUUCAGGACUACCGUUACUGUAUUUGCUGUCAUAUUGUCGUCCGUGUUUCAGUAUGCUGACCUCAAUCGCCACAUAGAUGCAUUGAAUGCAUGGAGAAAUGCCACUGUUCUGAAACCACAACACAGUUUGGCUUGGAACAACAUGAUUAUAUUGCUUGAUAAUACAGGUACAGUAUAAGAAUUACCCAGCAUUGUUUAAAUAAGUGAUGCAUUUAUGCAGUUUUUGCCCUGCUUACGGUUUUGUGGAAUAAAAACUAGUGUGCUAUUCAGCACCCUUUCCUCUCUUUUCUUACGUUCCUAGGUAACUUAGCACAAGCUGAAGCUGUUGGAAGAGAGGCUUUGGAGUUAAUACCCAAUGAUCAUUCUCUUAUGUUUUCACUGGCAAAUGUAUUGGGGAAAUCACAGAAAUAUAAGGUAGUAAAAUAUUUCCAAUCAUAACUUUUGAAUGAAAUAAUUAUCUUAAUUGUUUCUCCAUUGUUCAUAGACUGAAUAGGUUCUCAAAAAAAUUUACAACUCACAUUAGAGAUGAGUUGAAGUGUUGUUCUGUAGGUACAUGUGGCAAAAUAGACAUGUGCACAUUCGUAAUGUGGUGGCAUGUACGUUGUCAUGGCAAACUACUCGUGUAUGGGGUUUACCACCUUUUAUGCAAGGUCACCUGUGUUGAAUAAAAUAUACUGCCUUGAUCUGUAGAGACACAGUAAUGUUGUCAAAGAGCUGGGCAUGUGGCUGGGUUUUCUGAACCUGCGGAGUUACCAACCCUAGAUUUCAUGAACAUAGGAAAAUAAUUUCAUUGAUAAUUCAGAGGGAAAUAGGUAAAACAUCAAAGCAAAGUAGUUAUAGAAAAGAAAGGUUCAGUUGAACAUGGAUUCCCCAGUAAUCUGAGGUUUUUAUAGGCCAAAUCCUCCUUUUUCAGAGAUGUUCUAGGAAAUAAGAUAGCCUUUAGGGCCCUGGUCUGAUCAACUCCUGGGUGCUAAACUAAUUUACUUGAUUCAUCCCUAGCUGAGGUUCUCAGGGGUCCCCACAAUCACAUGAGAUUGGAACACACACUCUGGGUAUUAUUCAGCUGACUUUUACUCAUUCCUGCCUAAACAGAAAACACUAGAUUCCUUACUGUGAACAAGUUCAUGAGUUUAAUUUAGGGAGGCAAGCAAGCGUGUUUUGCAGAACAGUUCAGAAACCACAUAAAUUUUUUUUUUAUCUUAUAUGCAGCACAUCUAAAAAUCAUCAUUCAAAUUGAUAUAGAAAUAAGCCAAGGCUUUUCCUGAAAAAAACAUUUAAAUUAGAAUCAGCACUUACCCUUGGAUUAUAAACAGACAUAAAGCUGUGUUAAGUAGCCCUGUAAUUAAGUCUGCAUCCGCUGCAUAAGAACAUCUUUAAAAGUAUUUUUAAUCUCUUAUCUGUUUAAAUAAUUGUUUUUCUUGAGUAAUAUAUAUUUUGUAUGUGUUGUUCAGAGUUUAAUGAUGUCAUGCAAGAGGGAUGUGUGAGCCUAGCAAAACUGAAAAUGAAUAAUGAAAAUAUUCAGUGGUCAGAAUCUUUGAAGCAAGUCAGUUCGAAAAACAAGUGAAAAGUUUUGUGGAGCAUUUUUUCUUUCUAGAAGUAUUGUCUCCAAAACAAAGCAGAUGAGCCUUAAAAAAUUGUUGGCUGUAAUAAAAGUAGAUUCAUCUCAUUGAUUUUAUUGGGAUUAACUUCAUUUUAACACAAAUAUGCAGGUUUUAAGUGGUGAUUUGUGUGAGCAUCCGGUUAUAAUGCAGUCCGCAAGUGUUUUUGUGUUCUUACUCGCACAGAAGUAAUUAAUGUUUAAUUGACAGCAACUACCAGACAACAGCUGGAUCAGGCUGUGAAUUAUAUUGUAUGUAUAUCCAUUAGAGAGAAGUAGAAGUGUGAAUGCACAUGAAAAAAAUAUGGUGACAUAAUCACAUUAAUAGACCACAGAGCAUGAGGUAAUUGGUAGUGUUUGGUUGUACUUGACAUUGUAUGCACUACAGAAAUAGCUUGUCCUGUUGAUCUCUUUUUCUGAAUUAUUCAGGAAUCUGAAGCUUUGUUCCACAAGGCAAUUAAAGCCAAUCCAACUGCAGCCAGUUACCAUGGUAAUUUGGGUAAGACAUUUUACAGCUCCCCUAGUGCAAACUUUUAAAAAAUCAGACACACUGCUUGUACUUCUUUUCAUGUUAAUUGUCUUAAAAACUACUGUUUUUAAGGCAUUAUUCUGCUGCCUAGAUUUCUAUUCUGCCUACUUGCUAAACAAAUUGCCAGCUAGAGAAAGGAGUUCCAAAAAUGCAAAGCUCGGUGCAUUGUAUAAUAGACCAACCAGGCAGCACACUACAGCCCAGAGGUGGCUGCAUGUCAGUGGUGGCAAAUUGGCUCUUUUGUGCCAUGCUUGCAAACCGCCAUGAGCUCUCCUGAUAAAAACAGCAAUUUAUGGCUCUAGCACAAUCCACUCUUGUCAUUCCCUGGCCUGCUCAGCUCCCAAACGUGUCCCCUCCAGCUGGCAACAGAGCAGGCUGCCACCAUGCCGGCAGCCAACCAAAUGUUUUAAUGUUUUCUAAGUAAUUGGCAAGAUUGUCUGUCCUUCAACGAUGUUGCUAACAAAAACUCCUCUUUGCUGUUUCAGCUGUGCUGUACCAUCGCUGGGGAAAUCUUGACUUAGCCAAGAAACACUACGAAAUCUCUCUGAAGCUUGACCCCACAGCAGCUGGGACCAGGGAAAACUAUAGUCUUUUAAAAAGGAAACUGGACCAACUGAAAAAAAAAGGCGAUGUCUGA